UCUCUGCGUCGGCCGUUCGCGGGAGACUUCGAUAAUCAGAACCGGGGUGGUAAAACAGAAACAGGGAUUACAACCAGCGAUAAUAAUACGAUUAUAUACACUUUACGGCUUACCUCUGAAGACGAAUCACGAACGGACUGUGACGCGUUUUCACAAACAGUGCUUCUCGAUACAAGCUGUUCGCUAACCGGUAGACGGUGACUUCUUUUCCGGAGUACAUGCUUAUAGCGAUGCUGAUCAGCGAAGGGAGGGCCAGUUUCAGCAGUAUAAAAAAGUAGUGCGACAUGUCGCAGCACCCGACGCGUCCGCCGGGCACGCCUGGGCCUCCCGGUGUUCCUCCGGGAAGCUGGGCGAACCGGCCAGGCGCUCCAAGUCCGUUCCGACCGGCGUCUCCCUACAGUCCCUCACCCCCACCCCACCACCAUCCCCAUAACCACCCCCACUCCUUACCCCACCCCCAUAACCGCUCUCGCGGGCCAACCACCCCCAUGCACCCGCACCCCAUGUCGCCGCUCAGCUAUCCCCCCAUGAUGCACCCGAUGAGUCCGGUGCCCAUGGGCAUGCCCAUUUCCCCGGGAAUGUCACCCAUUUUCGGCUGUCCACCACCGCCGGGAUACAUCCAAUGCCCGAGACCUCGAUGGCCGUCGCCUUUGCCGCCGGGGUCGGUUCCUCGACCUUAUUUACCACCGCAGAGUCCGGUAGGAAGCGGAAGCGGUUCGCCGAUUCCCUGUGGUCCACCGGAAUACCUGAUCGCACCGUACAGACCCGGUGAUUACGAGUACGUCGGUGUGCCGUUGGAGCCGAGUCAGGGCGACGAAGAAGCGACGGGUCCGAGUACGGCGGAAAUCAUCGCGAGUCAGAGCCAGGAUUACGUUGACGAGAAGCUAGCCGAGUACCAAGCGACCAUCCAACAACUUCAGGAUGAACAGGAGCGCGUGCAAAAGAAGACUUUUGUAAAUUGGAUUAAUUCCUACCUCUCGAAGCGAGUUCCACCGCUUCGAGUAGAGGAACUGAUCGAGGAUUUGAAAGAUGGAACGCGCCUUCUUGCCCUACUUGAAGUUUUGUCUGGGGAGAAACUGCCGGUUGAAAGAGGACGUAACUUAAAGAGACCUCAUUUCCUCAGCAAUGCAAAUACGGCACUUCAAUUUUUACAGAGCAAAAAAAUCAAAUUAGUGAACAUUAAUUCAUCCGAUCUAGUGGAUGGACGACCUCCGGUAGUAUUGGGACUUAUUUGGACCAUCAUCCUGUAUUUCCAGCUACGAUCAAAGGAUCGAAGGCGGAUCGAAGAGAACACCAGAGCCCUCGAGUACUUGGGCCAGACGUGGGGUAGCCAGAGCAGCCUUGACAGCCUUGGCACUCAGGGUUCGGCGGCAAACGAACGCCGCCGACAGAGCAGCGAGAAGUGGAAGCAGGGCGCCAGGAAGACGUUGUUGCAGUGGGUGACCAACGCCUUGCCGAAGGACGCCGGAAUCCAGGUACGAGACUUCGGGGAGAGUUGGAGGGAUGGAAACGCGUUCUUGGCCAUAAUCGACGCCAUCAGAGCCAACCUGGUCAACAUCGCCGCCAUGCGAGAGGCCUCCAACAAGUCUCGUCUUGAGACGGCAUUCCAGGUCGCUGAAACAGAGCUGGGAAUCGCCCGACUUCUCGACCCCGAGGACGUUGACGUGCCGCGUCCCGACGAGAAAUCCAUCAUGACUUACGUCGCUCAGUUUCUGCACAAGUACCCCGAGCCCAGAAGCACGGGGCCUGACUCGUUUGCCGCUGUGCAACAGGAGUACGACUCACUUUUGGCCUGGCUCAACGACAGGACUAGACAACUUGAACAGCUCGAUAGAACCAACGCCUUCCCGAUGAGCUAUCCGGAAUACAUGCUGUUCAGAAGUGAAACUGACGACAAAUCAGUCAGUUACCGGAAACUUCAGAAUCUUGUCGAUACUCCGAGCAUGAUCAGCAUAACUCGAGACUCUUGGAGACAGAUUGAAACCUUAUGGAAUAAAAUGGAAAUCCUGAUGCUACGCUGGCUUUGGCUUCUGGAUUCAUCGCUCCCCGGUGAAUUUGGAGAAGUGGGAAGAUGGCUGGCUGGAGCCGAGCAAAUCCUCAAAUCGGACGGUGACAUCCCAGAUGAAAUGACGGAGGAGACCGCAAGUAUAAUUUCAAACAAGCUCGAAGAGCACAAGAAAUACUUUUUGGACUUGCCGGAGGUUACGGAGAAAUUCCAAGGCAUUAGAGGAUCUCCUGUCGCUCAGCAAAUCUCUCUGGAACAACUGGAAAGCAUAGCUUCGAGACUGGCGACUUUACCGACUCGCGCUGCUAAGCGCAGAAUCCGUCUUAAGUUCCUAGAACACAAAUGUUGUCUGAUCGCGUUCCUAUUCUUAGUCGAGACGAAAUUGAAGGGCUGGAGUGUGAAGUACGGAACAGAGGAUAAAGUUCAUCAGAUGCUCGAACAGUACAGGAACUUUGUCUCGAGAAAUAGAAUAUUCCAGGAAUUUCAGAAGGCGUAUUUGGACAUGCAACAAGUCGUUGAGGAGUACAAGAGGGAGGGAGACGUUGACCGGCAGGAAUCCAUCAGUGCCGAUCGAUUUAUGCGAGAGACCGGUGAAAAGUGGAAAAACGUAUCAAUGGAUUUGCGCUGUGUGCAAAGUAUGCUUGAAGAAGUUGUUGCAUAUUGGCGUCGCUGGGCCACGGUGGCCGACGAUUUUGAAUCUUGGCUAUCCAAGGCUGAACCGGCACUAGAAUUACCGGAUGAGGAACGAAUGGAGUUCUUCCAGGACAUCAGCGUGCGGAAAGAUAAAUACCAGCAGCUAUCAGACACUGUUAGCUUCCUCAUAGCAACCUCCGACGAACAGGUUGCUCUUCAAUUGAAGGACCGGUACACCCGAAUGACAUCGAGAUGGGAGAACCUCUUCUCCGAAGCGAAGCAAUACAUGCACGCCGGAGAUUUACUUAGAAAUAGAAAGGACUACAGAGCGGGAGUUGAGACCUUGCAGAAAUGGUUGAGAAACGCAGAAUCAGUACUAUCCACGACGCAGCUAACUUCGACCGAAAGAAUCAAGGCCUACGGAGAACAGCUUCAACUUUUGCACAACGAAGUCGAAGGAAUAGAGGAGUUGUUUAGGAACAUUAGUAAAAAGUUCCAAUGUCUUAUUCAAGACAUGUCACGGGAGGAAGUCGAUAAGAUGAUGAACACCUUGAAGAAAGAGAAAGAGGCUCUCGUCAAGGUCCGCGCUUUGAUACCGAUGCAGCUGCACUUGUAUCACCAGCUUCUCGUUCAGCAAGAAUCCUUGGAAGCUGGGCAGAAGGAAAUCUCCAACUGGUUAGACGAGGCGGAACGUUUGUUGACCUCAAUUAAUCUUGCGGGAGGCAGAGACGCGGCUUUGGCUCACCUCGAUCGUCACAAAGCAUUUUUCUCACGGACAUUGUACUACAAGUCCAUGUUGGAAUCUAAGAACAAAGUUUUCUCCAGUAUGGUGAAGUCAGUGGACUGUCAGGCGAGUACAGAGGUUGCCGAAGGAGGAGCUGCUCUUCGUGAUUUGAACGACCGAUUUGCUCACGUUUCGCAAUCAGCACAGAUAUGGGAGCAGCGACUUCAAGAAGCCGUGCGCUGUUGGACGAAAUUCCGUGAGUGUGAAAGACAGAUUUCGGAAUGGCUUUCUGCUGCGGAAACCUUGAUAAACGACAAACACAUCGACAGUCGUCAAUCCGUGGAAUACCACAAGAACUUCUUUGGGAAGGUUAACGAAAAAUGGAUCCAGGACUUGAUCAACGCGGGUCAAGAUCUCAGGAACGCUCUACCGGCAGAACAACAGGCUCCGAUCGUCGAGGCUUUAAACAAUCUGCAAAAACGUUGGAAGGAAGUCUUAACAUUUGCACCGCUUCAUCUGAUGCGACUUGAGUUCCGCCUUGACGAGGCUGCCUUUUUACAGUACUUGAAAGAAAUUGAGAUGGAGAUUAACUCGGAACAACAGGCACUUAUUAAAAACGACGAUGUUGGAGGGAUCGUCCAACGAAAUACGGAGUUCUUCGUGAGUCGCGGUGUCGUUUUAGAAGUAGAACGCUGCCUGCAAACCUUGAAAAAGAUCAGCACGGCUUAUCAUCUCCUUAAGCCAGACGACUCAAGUCUUAAUGAAGCAACUCAGAGAGCAGAGAAUCAAUGGGAAGACACGGCACAACGCGUUGAAACCCUGAGGGAACAACUGCGCAAAGUGCCUGAACAAUGGGCUGCUUACAGACAAAAGUUUAACGAGAUGGUGCACUGGAUGGACCACGUUGACAGCACUCUGAGAACUAUUUUACAGGAAGUGAGCUCCUUGGAGGAAUUCGAAAAAGAGAAGACGGUAUUCCAACUUCACACGGUGACGCAAAUAUGCCGCGAGGCUGACAGCAAACGAGAGGAGAUGAAGUGGUUGGUACAGACUUUGGAUAGCCUCGCCUCGAAUCGUUCGGAUCACGAAGCAAUAUCUGAGCAAAAUCAACUGGAACAACUUAUCACGCGUUACAAGAACUUGAUACCAACAAUUGAGAUCACGAUGACAAAGACGGAUAUCUACUCGAAGAGUUAUACCUACCGGAAAGAGGUCCGUGAGGUUUGUACUUUACUCGAAAAGGUCCGCGAGCAAUCUACUGUUCCUGUUAAACCCGAAAGUAUCGAGAUCUUGCGCAAAGCACUUUCGCACCAAGAGACGCGCCUCACUCAGCUGGAACAACAGAGAGCCAAUAUUGUCAGUAUGCUGCAACGUGGAAAAGACAUACUGAAAGAUCAGCACGCACCGACCUUCGUGUCCUCAGAAGUCCAGCAACUGGAAUCAAGCUGGAAUAACACCUAUGGGCAGAGUAUCGAGGCUUUGAAGACCUUAAAGAGCACUCAGAAACUCUGGAGCAACUAUCAGCAACAAAAGGAGGAGGUCUUGAAUUUGAUAGAGCAGGCAGAAGGCGAACUCAGGGGCGUCGAGACGGGCUGUCAUGAUUCUAACCAAAUGUCUGCCGACCUUCAGAGUAAACACGAGCUGAGUAUCACGUUGCGCAAGGCUGCCGAAGAGAUGUUGAAGAAGCUGAGAGAUGUUUACAGCAACCUUUCAGAGGUUACCGCACCCGAGAAGAGACCCGUUUUGGAAAAAGAAAUCACUGAUGUAGAAAAAAGGCUUCACGUCACCCUUGAGACUGUUCAGGAACGGGUCGUUUUUCUACAACAAUUUAAUGCGAAGUGGACCAAGUUCCAGGCCAGACUCGGUGAAUUACAGUCUUGGACACAACAGAGUGCACCGCAACUUCUCGCUCAGAUACAAGAAAUAUCAACAUCUCCGGAGGAACGUGUACGCAAAACCGAGAGCCUGCAAAAACAGAUAUACGAAAAAAUAACCGUGUUGAAGGUUCUCGACGAAGAGUCUUUGCAGUUGGUAAAGGAUGACAAGGACAAUCUUGAGGCGAAGAAAUUACGUGCGGAAAUUAUAGAACUUCAAGAAGCUGCGAAUUCUUUGAACAAAAGUAUAGUGUACCAAAAGGAAAUGGCUGGUCGCAAUUUGGCUACAUGGAAAGAAUAUGAAGUUGGUAUUCAGCAGCUCAAGCCUUGGGUAGAACAGGCCGAGAUCAAAGCAGCUACGAUCGGCUCGAAACCGUCCACGCUUGCACAGGCAACCGAAAUGCUGUCAACGGCAAAGGCCUUCGAAAAACAAUGCGAGGAGCAGCUUCCACAGGUCCAAGAACUGUGGGUACUUAGCCAACAGAUCGCGGGUAGAACAGUCGCACCUGACGAGGUGGAUGCUGUCCAUACUCGGUGGAACUCCGUCCACGAUGUAGCCAUCCAAACAGCAACUAAACUGGACAAACUAGUAUCGUCCUGGAACACGUUUGAAUCAGAGGCAAAGGAAUUUGACUCUUGGCUGCAGGUUAGCGAGAAGGGAUCUCUGGAGGAGCCGAACGUAAAGACGCCGGAGACGGUGAAAUUAGAACGAGAACUUGCUCGUUUGAAGGAAUUCAACAAGGACAUAUCCGACAGGCAAGCCCAAUUGAUAUCUCUGACGCAGGUCUCAGAUCACAUCAGUCAUGGCCUGGCGUUGGAAGGUGCAACUAAUUUGAAGGGACGGGUGGUCGAGAUGAAGGCUCGCGUGAAUAAGCUAGCUGACAUUGUCAGAGGCCAGAUAAACCAAGUAUCAGACGCUUUACUUGCCCGACAAGAGUUCCAGAUUAAACUGACAGACUUUGACAACUGGAUGUCAAGACUGCGAGCAAACAUAGCUGAGAUCAGCGAUGUGAACGCUGAUAAUGUCGACACGAACCUGCAAGCGGUACACGCGUAUUUGCAGGAACAUUCUGACAAGCAGCCCAGCUUUGCUGGCAUUUACGAAGAGGUAAAGCAUCUUUCGGAACAAAGCUCACCGGAAGAAGUGGCAGCGCUGAAUGAACUUUAUUGCUCUCUAGCUACGAAGUACCAGGCUCUUGAGGACGAUCUGAAUCAGAAAAAGAAAGGACUCGAAAAAUGGGCGGAACUUUUGAGCUGGCACGCAGACACGAGUGCCCAGUUGAGUCACAGUAAGUAUCAAGUCGAUGCCCAUAAACCAACUGUGUCUGACUUGGAAAGGUUGACAUCAGAAUUGCAGACGAUGUCGACUAAGAUUAACACUUGGAAGGUACAAGUACCCCAGGUGGACACUUCGAUGGGUGUGCAAGUGCGCGAUAAAUUGGAGAAACCACUGACAGCUUCCGCUUUGGUGCAUGAACUUGAAGCCAAGGCUGUCACUCUGCAGACUGAACUCGCUACGAAGCGUGACAAACUGGAAAAUUUAAGUGCCCGUUGGGAUAACUUCAGAAAAACGCAGCAAAUUUUAACAGAAGAAAUUACCAGAACACAAACCACGCUCCAGGAUAUCACCAUGAAGGUUGAUACCUGCGAAAAGUUGGCUCCAGCGGUUGAGCAGAUUGAGCAACUAAUCGCUGAUCAUCAGCAACGUGAACCGGACAAGGAAACUCUGCAUCGUGAGGGAAAUACCCUGAUGAAAGAGGAUCAGAGAGCUGUGACUAAUAUCCAGGUUGUCUUAUCUUCGACAGAUGCCAACUGGGAGAAAGUUAAUGAGCUAUUGAGAGAGCAGAAGAAUAAAUAUGCCGAUAUGGAUGGUGGUUGGAAGCAAUUUUUAGAAGCUAAAAAGAAGCUAUCCAGCCAUCUUAAACAAUCAAAAACAUUGUGCCAAUCUAUACAGGAAGUGCCAAAUGAUAUAACGCAAGCAAGCGCUGCUCUUGACAAGCAUAAGAAAGCCGCUGAUAUGCUGAAGAAGGGAAAGCAAUCCUUGGAGAAAAUGGACAACAAAGCGCAGCAGUUAAUCAAGGAAGCGUCACUAAUGCCAAACUUUAAGUCUGAGCUUAUAGAAAAAGACCUCGCAAAAAUGCGCAAGCAGUAUCAGGACGCGUAUACAAACGUCGUGGAGAAGACUCAGAUUUACGAAACUCAGGUGAUCAUAUGGAAGCAAAUUGAUGAAGCAAAGUACGAAUUAUCGAGGUGGUUGAGUGACACAAAUGAAGCAUUGAUGAGUGCCUGCAAAAAUUUAUCUGAUGCUGAAAAUGGGCAACUGAAGCUUGCCAGGUAUCGCGACGAAUUGCCGGCUCACCAAUUACUCCGACAAGGCAUUGCAGCGAAGACUGCCCAAUUAUCGAAAAUGAAUAACAAUGCAAGUAUACCCACACUGAAGUCCCUCAGUGAUUUGUUGGACGAUCAAUUCAGGGUCGUCAAGGAGUCAGCAGAUAAACUGGAGUCCGUGACUUCGUCAUUCCAUGAAAAAGAGAAGAAUAUUCGAGAAGAACUGAAGCGAUCUGGAGAGGCGAUUUCGAAAAUUCGUGAAGACAUUAUUAAGUGCGAUGAUCUAACGGGUGAAAACACGAAGAUUCUUGCAAGGAUCAACAAAUGCCAAGCGCUAAAAGGCGAAUUGGAACAAGCCAACAAUGCUCUUUCUGCCGUAGAGAAAAAGGUAACAGACAUGUCCUCGGAAUAUCCAGCUAUUUCCAAGUCUACGUUACCUAAGGAACUUCAAGCACUACAGCAACGUCAUGACGGCGUGGCCAGUCAUGCUGAUAAGGUAAGCGCCACUCUGGUAGCCUUCUUGACAAAGUUGUAUCACGAGAAAUUUGGAGCCCUGCAACGCAUGGUGGCCACACAUAAAGAAAAGGUAGCUUGGUGUGAACCGGAGCAAAGUAGUGAUCGGUAUAAUCUUGAGGUGAAGAUGGCUUCGCUCAUUGAUGUAGAGACGGGAAUAUCUGAUUGCGAAUCCCGUAAAGCUGACGUGGAUAAUUCACUAAAGUUGUUGGAGUCAGUGGAGAGUAAGGAAACAAUGGUUGGAUUAAAGGCAGAACGCGACAAGGUUGCUGCGGAUUUGAAAUCGCUGAAGAAAAGUUAUUCGAAGAUAAAACAACUCUUAGAUCGCAAUAUUGCUCUGUGGCAACGAUACGAGCUGAUGUCGGAAAAUGUUUCGAGUUGGUUGAAGGAAACUGAGAAUAAAAUUAGAAUAGAAAGUAGUGUUCAGGUAACUCUCACUGAUGUUGAAAAUAAAAUCAAGGAAAUAGUUGAGUUCCAGACAAUUGUCUCGAAGUAUGAAGCGGAAAUUAAAGAAUUGAGUAGCUUGGGCGAAGACAUUCUUAAAGUGAGCCCAGAGUCCCGUGUUGGCCAGUACGUAGGUCACUUGAACACUCGCUAUCAAGCUAUUGUGAAAUUUUUAUCAUCGCAUUUGGAGCGCCUUGAAGAAGUUGCAAGAGGUCGCGACCAAUACCAUGUUAAUGUUAAGGAACUCGAAGCUUGGAUUAAAGGUGCUGAACAGAAAUUGAACAAGUUUGGUGAGAUCUCUGGACCAAAGGCUAUAACCUUCUAUCAAUCGCGAUUGAAAGAACUGAAAGGAUUCGCUGAAGAACGUGAGAAAGGUCAAGUAAUUUUGAAUCGUACUGCAGAAGCUGGUGAAGCUCUGUAUUCCAGAAUCACGCCAGAGAAUCGAGAAACCAUUAGAACGGAGUUACGUAAUCUCAGAAAUCAAGUGGAGUCAUUGACGGACCGAGCUAACGUUAUUUACAAGCGAAUUGAAAGCGAUAUGAUGCACAGGUCAUCUUUCGAGGACAAAUACUCUCAAGUCAAGCAAUGGGUAUUUGAUGCUCAGACCAAACUCGCAGAAAAGUGCCACCUCUUGCCUAACCUUCAAGAAAAGAAAUUGGAACUCCACUUUUUCCGAACAAUCGCUCAGGAUGUGAACGUGCAUAGAAAUAUCUUGCAACAACUUCAGGACAGACUUCCGACCAUGUCAGAUGACGACGCAGCUGAGAUGUUGAAAAACGUGAUCGACGCAUACGAUCAGCUUUCGGAGAAUGUUGAAAACAAGAUUAGUACGUCAGAAAAGUAUGUGGCCAACCAUGAAUCUUACUUGCAAUCGAUUGAAAAGAUGCGAGACUGGAUCAAUACUCUGGUAAAUGAGGCAUCGCCUGUCACAGAUGAUUUAACUAUCGACAGAGACACUGCAAAGGCAAAAAUAGCCCUCAUAGAAAAUAUACUUCAACAAAAGCCUGAAGGAGAUCGAAUUAUGAAAGAGGUUACCGACCAGUUGAACGUCGUACUGGAACAAACUUCGUUGCAAGGACAGCAGCCUCUUCUGAAGCUACACAGCGAAUUGAAGUGGGACGAGUUUAUCCAGAAAUGUCUCGAAUCUCGAGACAAGUUGAAUCAACUUUUCGACAAGUGGGCAGAGUUUGAAAAGGUCGUCGAAUCGCUGGAAACGUGGAUAAAGCAGAUGGAACCACAAGUUAAAGAUCAGAGUUUGAAGAGUACGGAAGACACUAAGCGAAUUCACCUGCAGAAAUUGAAAGGACUGGAGGAAGAUAUAAAUGCGAAAAGUGGAGAUUUUAACGCCGCUGUUGAAAAAAGCCAGGCAAUCGAAGGUGAGUCAGAAUUGGCCACGAAAAUAUCACGACAAGCAACGAGAUAUCAAGCUAUAAAAAAUCAAGCAAAGGAAGCAGUCGCGCGAUACGAACAAUUCGUCAAGGAGCACAAAAUCUUCAAUGAGAAGUACAACCAAUUCUUAGAAUGGGUUCGUGACGUUGAUAGGGAAUUGAAAAAACACAGUCAAAUCGUCGGUGACUUAUCGGUGUUGCAGACCAGGCAGAAGAACAUACGUGACUUGGCCGACACUCGAACCAAAGAAAAUGCUAAAUUUGAAUCGGUCAUAGACCUUGGAGAAAAAUUGUACGCUCAUACAUCACCGGAUGGUAGAGAAAUUGUUCGUCAGCAGUUGCGUAACUUGAGAACCGUGUGGGACGGUUUCUCAGAGGACUUGCAAUCCGCGAUGCAAAAGUUAGAUCAAUGCCUGAUGCAAUUUGCUGAAUUUUCACUUUCUCAAGAGCAACUUACCACGUGGCUCCGUGAUGUGGAACGUGCCAUGCACCAACAUACAGAGUUAAAGUCAUCUUUACAGGAAAAACGAGCUCAGCUGCAAAACCACAAGAUAAUGCAUCAAGAAAUAAUGUCUCAUCAGGCCUUGGUGGAAUCUGUUUGUGACAAAGCUCAGCAACUCGUUGAUCAAACAAAAGAUUCGUCGCUCAAUGUCUACCUGCAAUCCAUCAAGCAGCUGUUCCAGAAUAUUGUGGGUAAGUCACAGGAUCUGUUGGAGAAUCUGGAAGACUGCGUCGACAAGCACAAUCAGUUUAAUGCACAGUGUAAGAGUUUCACUGAUUGGUUGAGCGGUGAACACGAAAAACUGCUGGAGUGCAAUGAUGUCACGGGAGAAAAGGGUGAUAUCACUCGCCGACUUGCGACUCUUGCUGUUCUGAAGGACGGACAAACUCAGGGAGCUAAUCGUCUUGCUGGUCUGAAGGAGCUAGGCGCAACUGUUUCGAAGAGUACCGCACUAAAAGGACAAGAAGUCAUCAAUAAAGAAAUUGCAAGUCUGGAAGCCGAUUUGCACCAACAUCUGAGUGAGAUCGAAUCGGUGGAGAACAAGCAAAUUGGUGCGCUCCAAAAGUGGCAAGAUUUCGAGGACCAGUUGGAGUCACACACUCGAUGGUUCCGUGCAAUGGAAGCUGCGUUCCGAGAUCAACAGCUUCAAGCCACUCUGAAAGACAAGGAAAGUCAACUGAGUAUCUUUAAAGAUAAACGUGAAUCUAUUGCGAAACAGGAGCGAGAAAUUGACGAAUUUGUCGAUAAAUCUCACGGUCUUCUUCACGCCAGUGGUGUAGAUCGUAUUAAACCAUUGAUUUCUCAGAUUAGUAACAGGUAUCAAUUACUUCAUGUGCUGAGUAAAGAAGUGAUCCAUCGAUGCCAAACCCUCGUCGACGAUCACCGAGCUUUCCAGGACAAGCUGGAGGCCGUUAACGCCUGGCUUGGUCCAUUGGAGCAAAAUUUGGCUGGUUUAAAAAAAGAGGAGGUCGGUGGUAACCUCGAAGCAAAGGGGUCUCGCCUACAGGUUCUUCUUGCAGAGCGGGAACAAGCUGAACAUCGUCUAGCUGGAUUGACAGCCGCAGGUGAAAGAAUUCUUCCGGACACAUCGGCUCAAGGUCGAGAGGUUAUCAGACACGAACUUCGCCACGCACGUGAACGAUGGGACAAAUUGGCUGAGGGCAUUAAGGAACAACAGAAGAAACAAGAUGCACAUUCGCUCCAAUGGUCCAGUUACCAGGACACGCUUCAACAAACGCUGGCCUGGCUGGACAGUAUGGAAAGAACUUUGAAGCAGGACUCAAUGGCUGUCUGGUCGUCGCUACAAGAAAUCCGAUCCAAGCUGCUGAAGAACAAGACAAUCCAUCAAGAGAUCCUUGCCCACAAACGCAUCAUCGAAGCCAUAUCUGAAAAGGCAAAUGCUUUGGCUCAGAGUGCCCAAACACCAGCUGACAUUCAAGAGAAAGCAAAGUCGAUUUCUCAGAGGUACGAAAAACUCGGAGAAGCCUCUCAGAAAGGAAUUUCCAACCUCGAGGCGCUCUUAGAGAUAUUCCAACAAUUCCAUGAUCUUCAGAAGGCCUACCAAGAUUAUCAGAAGCAGCAAUGGGAGAGACUUGCUAAUUACACUGACUACACCGGAAACAAGGCGGUCUUACAGACUAGAUUAGCCAAAGUGAUUGAGAUACAGGAUAGUCAAGGCGAAGGUGAACUUAAACUCCGUGUCCUCAGUGAUCAUGUAGCCCAAAGCGCUGGCAACCUUCCGCCAAGGUCUCAGGAAUCCAUGGAAAGAGAUUUGACAAAUCUUAGAUUUGAAAACAAAAAGUUUACCACAGCUGUGAGUGAUGUUAUUCGCGGAAUCGAAGAACGAAUUCAACAGUGGAGCGAGUACGAAAACUCUUUGGACAGAUUAUUGGCUUGGCUCUCCGAAGCCGAAGCUUCUCUGAAGAAUUACACUCUGCGUAAUACAAUCGAAGAAAAGCAGGAACAACUAGAAAAAUAUCAGGAUCUGCAAAAAAUAACGGAGUCUCGAGGUUCAGAUGUGACGGAACUGGUAGCGCUGGGUGACCACCUCGAUCAAUCAUUGAUCGUGAAUUUGCGCCACAAUGAAGCCGAGUUUGACAAAAUGAGCGAUGACUCUUCGGAACUUAUACAAAUUAGUGGGGAAACAAGAUUCUCCGCAAGCGUUCAGCAGGUCACGUCUCGUUUCCAAUCCAUUCAAACAACUGCCAAGGAACUGAUAAAGAAGUGCGAACAAGCAGCAGCUGAUCACCAGGCCUACUUGGAGCACUACAAGCAUUGUUCAGAAUGGCUGGCAACCGCACAGUCGAAGUUCCAAACUUCUCGAGAUGGAAUUUCGGGAACUCGUCAGGAGUUAAUUUCACACAGUAAUGCAUUGAAGGAGCUUUUGGCGCAGCAGGCUUCAGCCAACCUUCUGGUAAACAGUACAGUUGAAGCUGGCGAGCGCCUUUAUCCUACCACUGGAGUGGAGGGCAGAGAAAUUAUCCGGCAGCAGCUUCUGGAGCUCCAACAAGCCAUGGAAACGCUCUACGAUGGCGUUGCGUCCACAGAUCGUGAAAUACAAACGAAACUCUCACGCUGGUCAGGCUUUGAUGAAUGCAGUGACGGAUUCAAAAAGUGGCUGGAGGAAGUCGAAGCACAGCUACCCUCAGAAAUCGAGCUGAAGACAACCUUGGAUGAAAAACGUGCGCAGCUUCAAGUCUAUCGCACUUUUCUGCACGAGACUCAGUCUCAUCAACAAGACCUGUUCAAUUUACGCGACAAAGCGGACAGCCUUCCAGAUCGCACAGACAAAAUUGACCAUGUCCUCGAUGAACUUUCCAAAAAACAUGCCUUCAUCCUAAAGCGUGCUCAAGGUUUCGUUGAAAGAUAUGAAGCAAUAGUGAGCGAUCAUCAGCAGUACAGUAAGGCUGUUCUCGACACCCACGAAUGGCUAGAUGCCACUCAUAACGCAGUGAAUCUUUGGGGAGAUGCGGAACUGGAACGUGUUUCUUUGCACACGAAUCUCGACCGCCUGCAGAACCUACUGCAAAGUCUUCCCGAGGAUGAGCCACGCGUUCAGCAGAUACGAGCGCUGGGCGAAAAGGUAAUACCUGGAACAUUGGAAUCGGGACAAGUGAAUAUCCGUUCGCAGAUCGACUCCUCUCAGCAGGAAUGGGAAGGGUUGGUAUCCGCUGUAAAGUCAACUAUCGAAGCGUUGGAAAACAAGCUUCAACAGUGGAACGAAUUUGAGUCAUCGAAGGAAGCAUGUUUUGCUUGGCUACGUGAAACCGACACCAAACUGCACGCGGUGGAUCUGAAGUCAACUCUGCAAGAAAAGAAAGAUCAGUCAGAGAAACUUCGCGCUCUUCAGGGUGAGGUCAGGGCUAAGGAACUUGAAAUAGACGCAGUCACAGAGCGAGCUCAACAGUUGCACAAGAACAUCACAUCACGGACCUCGCAAAUAUCUGAACUUGGAAUAAAGUAUCAGCAAAUAUCGAGCAAGGUUAAGGAUCUCAACAAUCGUUGGCAACAGUAUUUCACCAGUCAUCAAGAAUUUGACCAUCACUUGUCCGAGUGUAUGCAGUGGCUUGAAGACAUCAGAAAUAAAUUGGCUUAUUGCUCCGACCUUAGCGCUUCGUCGCAGAAAGACUUGGAGAGUAAAAUGGAAAUCAUCCAAGACCUGCUCUUAUACAAGGAAGAUGGAUUCUCAAAGGUUCAAGGCAUCGUUGAAUUGGCCCAGACGGUACUCGCGAAUACCGCACCGCCUGGACAUCAGGCGAUAAACGACGCUCUGGCCAAGCUUCAAGAGCAAUGGAGUGCCUUAGCUUCGAAAAUGCUGGAAACCAAGACAAACCUGGACGAUUCUAUAAAUAAUUGGGCUGGUUUACUCGAACAAAUUCAAUCGAUUAAUAAAACCGUAGAGUACAUGCAGACUUCGGUUAACGAAAUAUCACAGUUUCAGUCUACAAUGUCUGAGAAGCGAUCCCAAUUAGAGCGAAUCAAGACCUUGGAGGAACGCGUCCGUUGCGAAAAUAUCGAAGUCGAUAGUCUCAAGGCCAAGGUCGCCGAGAUGAUAGCUAGCGGACAACAAAGCCUAGCUGCCUCACAAGCACAGGACAUUCUAAACAAGUUUGACUCCCUAUUUGAGAAAAUCAAAUCGCUUCUUUCUGAACGCGAGGAUCAAUACAAAGACCACCGUCUUUACAAAGAGGCACACGACGAUCUUAUCGGCUGGCUCAGCCGUGCUCGCGAAAAAAUACCAUCGAUGAAGCAACGAUCGCUCAGUGAUAAACUUGCAAUUGAAAACGCUGUUGCUCCACUUGAAAGUCUAUUGAAUAAAAAGGCUCAGGGUGAAUUGCUGGUCGAACACCUUCAGCACACUGGUGAAGUGGUCUGCGCAAGUACCAGUGAUCAAGGACAGGAAGUAAUUCGAAACGACAUUCGUGCACUCACUGAGAGUUUUGAAGGGCUAUUUAAAGACAUCAAGCAACAGAAAGAUCAACUGGAAGCCACCGUUAGUCAGUGGCGAGAUUAUAAGGACGAAUACGAGAGACUCAGUGACUGGCUGCAACAAUUCGAUAUCUUAAUAAAGGCACAGAAGAACGCUCUCUUACCAAACGUGAAAGAGAAAGAAAAGCAGGUGAAGGAAGUCAAGGAAAUACUGGAAAACUUGCUCAAGGGACAAGAGCAAAUAGACAAAUUCAAUAAGACUGCAUCGGGGUUGUUAUCUUCACAUCUUGACACAUACGUGAACAACCAACUAAGGCAUUUGAACUCCAGAUACCAAGUACAAGUGAAUCUUGCCAAGGAUGUCGUUAAGAAGGUGGAAACGAACUUUGCUCAACACCAAGAGUACGAAACAAAUCUCGGCAAGGCUCACGCAUGGAUUGAGAAUGCUAAACAAAUUAUUCGCCAAGGUACCGAAGCUGCCUCUACAAGCAGCCGGGAUGAAUUACAAUCCAGACUGAACAAAAUACAAGAACUCCUCAGAAAACGGGAAGAUGGACAAAAUUUGGUACAUCUUACCGUAAAUUGUGGCGAAAAAGUGAUGCGUAACACGAGAUCUGACGGCCGUGAAGAGAUCAACUCACAAUUGAAGGAAAUCCAAAAUGAUUGGGAGAGAUUGGUGAAGAAGAUAUCGACGACUAAGGUCCACUUGGAGACCAGCCUUCUUCAGUGGGCCGAUUAUAGCUCUUCAUACUCGCAGUUACAGCAAUGGAUUAACGACCGUGAGGCAAAACUACAGCAAGUUUGCGAACAGAAGGUAUCGAAGGCCAGGAAAGGUCUGGCUGGUCUCAGUUCACUGGCCAUCGGUGAAAGGAAGGCCAAUCUGCGCCAGACGAACAGCAUCGUUCAAGAUAUCGUUGCAUUCGAGCCUAUGAUUCAAUCUGUAACGACAAAAGCUGAGGAUCUUCAGCAGGCAACGCCGGCAACAGAAAUAUCAAUCAAAUACGAAACGCUUAGUAAACAAGCCCAGGAAUUGUAUGCUAAACAGAAGGAAACCGUCGAACAGCAUCAAGCAUUCAUUGAUAGUGGUAAUGAGUUCAUUCAAUGGAUCCGUGUUGCGAAGGAACGGUUAGGAAAAUGUUCGGAACCUACUGGAGAUAAAGAGUCCCUUUCUAGCAAGAUCACGCAGCUGAAAGUGCUGGAGAGUGAACUUCCAGAAGGCCAACAGAAGCUCGAGAAAGCUCUACAACAAGGUAACGCUGCGUGUCAAGUGGCUGAUGCCGAAGAUAAAGAAAUUAUCGAGGAAGAAGUUGCUCUUCUCCAAGAAGAGUACGAUAAUUACGUCGAUUCCUUGAACAGCACCAAAUCUCUGCUUGAGAUUGGUAUAGUCAAGUGGACUGAAUAUGAAGAUCAGUUUUCUGAAGCCUCUGAUUGGUUAACGCAAACUGAACAGCUGGUGCGACCAUACAACAAGCUACAGGAUAGCCUUGAAGAAAAGAAAACUGUACUAGAAGAAUUUCAGGUUCAUUUGCAGACGUUGUUCGAUUGGCAGAAAGAAUUGGAUCGUCUUAAUAUGAAGGCACAGAUGCUUCUCGAAACUUGUGCUGAUACCAGAAUCUCAAAUGCUGUUACUCAGCUGACCACAAAAUACAAUGCGUUAUUGUCACUGGCAAAGGAAAUUAUGCGAAGAUUGGAAUUACAUUAUCAGGAGCAUCAGCAACACAAUACCCUCUACCAAGAAUGUGAAGAUUGGAUUGAACGAACACGCGAUAAGCUGGGAGAGUGUAAAGAGAUACCAAACACGUUAGCAGAAGUGAACAACAAGUUGCAUGCCUGCAAAACUAUUCGUCAGACUUUAGAACAAGGUCAGAACAAGCUUCGCUAUGUGCUUGAGUUGAAAGAAAAGGUCAUUAUGAACACGGAGCAGAACGGUGCGGCAAAGAUUCAGGAGGAUACUGAAAAUCUGAAAACUGAAUUCGACAAGCUAUUGGCAGACGUCGAAGAAGCGAAGCAGAAACUCGCUACAAGAGCUGGUGUCUUAGAAGAGCUUAACAAAAUGCAUAGGUUGAUCGCUGACUGGAUUGAAGAGGUCGAACACAAAGUACAGCCCGAAGAAGGAUUCCGAAAUGACCUCAGUGAGAAGCGAGCUCUCCUCGAGAAGUAUAAAACGGUGCAACGUGACAUAAAUGGUCAUGCGGAGACAGUAGAUCGCCUUAAAGCUCGUCUGAUCGAAGAUUCAAGCAUCCCAAAAGACGCUUACGAAGCGACGAUUGCAAAGUACGAGGAGUUGAAGACCCUUGUGGUCGCUAGAAUCAGUGACUUAGAAGAACAAGUGAAGGAACAUGACCGCCUACGCCAAGCUCAAAAUGAAGCCGUAGAAUGGGUUCGUCGCGCCAAGGUUGAACUGCAGCGAUACGGUGACACUCACGGCGAGAAGGCGAAGGUCAUUGAACGAGAGCAGAAGGUGAACCAGAUCAUAGCAUCCAUGCCAGAAGGUGAAUCUUUGAUCAAAAAGGCAGUGGAACUGAGCGAUUCUGUCAUUUUGACUACUGGCUCUGAAGGACAAGAUUCUAUUAAGCAAGACGUUAAGCAACUAAACGCUGACUGGGAAUCACUGAAGACUCAGUCACGUGACAGCCAAUGUACUUUGGCAAGCUGCAUCGUGACUUGGACCCAAUUCACAACUGCGUUUGAUAGCAUGAAGGAUUGGCUUGAUCAGUUCAGGAAGAAGGUCAGCAACGAGUCUGCCAAGGACAACAAAACCCCGGAAGACCUGGAACGAUGCAAACGUAUCGUUGAAGAGGCAGUUCGUCAGAAACCAGUACUCGAAGACCUAAACGAUAAAUGUGAAGCUCUUUUGGAAGUAAGCGCGUGUAGUUGGGCCAGGGAUAAAACAGUACAGCUUCAAUCAGCAUACACGACCCUGCUGACAGAAGCACAAAGUCUCGUAUCCAAAGUUGAGAAGAAUCUGUCCGACCAUACGGAGUUCCUCAAGGCUAAAAAGGAACUCGAAGAAUGGCUUCAUACUGCUCAUGGUUCUGUCCAAGACUGUAUUGGAGUUGGCGAUAUCGAGUGGGCUAAAGAUAAGCUGGAAACUACACGUGUCGUUGCAACACGAAUAACCGAGGGCCAACAUUUGCUAUCAACGUUGCAAGACGCGUUUGCAAAAGCGAUAAAUACCGCUCUUCCGGAACAACAAGAGCAGCUACGAACUGACAUGGCAGAUCUACGUUCAAGCUGGGAGCAGCUCAGCAUGGACCUCAACAGCAUUCAGGCGCAAGUGAAAUCGGUUCUAAGUCGGUGGGAGGACUAUGCAGAAUCUCGAACACGGUUUGAGAGUUGGCUGAGCGAAGCUGAAGAAUCCGUCAAGGUGCUUCCCGAGACGAAAGGUGAGCUUGGAGAAAUGAAAAGACUUCUGGAGAGGACCAAGCAUGCCCAAGACGAAGUGAAGGGCAAACGAUCUGACCUUGACCACCUGCUGAACGAGGCUGACGAAUUAUCCAGCUGGGCCAAGAACAAUACCACCAAGGAACAGACUAAGCUGUUGCUGAAUCGGUGGGAGAAACUGGGUAGUCACGUUCAGGAGCGGAAACGACUCCUUGAGGAGGAGCUCCAGGAGUACAACGGUUAUCACGCAGCUCUUCAGGAGACUGAAAAAUGGUUACUGCAAAUCUCAUUCCAGCUUAUGGCUCAUAACUCAUUAUACAUCACCAACAAGGAUCAGACGAUUGAGCAGAUAAAACAGCACGAGAUUCUGCUCGAAGAGAUUCAAAAGUAUCAGUCUACACUCGAUGACCUCAGAGGGAAAGGAUCCGGUCAGAUAAAACGCUACGUUUCAGCCGCUCCGGGGAUCGAAUCAACCAUCGAAACGCAGCUCCAAAAUGUGCAGGAAAGCUACAAUGCUCUCCUGGGCACUGCACUUCAGAUAAAGAACCGAUUGGCCGAGUCUUUAGCGAAGUUCCAAGAGUAUGAAAACACCCUUGAAAGCAUAAUGAAGAACCUGGACACUUACGAGCCGGAAAUUGCUCAAGAGUUGGAAGCGCCGAUUGACAAUCUGGAAGAUGCACAGCGCAGUUUGGAGAGUGCGAGAAUACUUCACAAUAAAUUGCAAUCAGAAAAGGCGCGCCUUGCUUUAGCUGUAGAAGCCUGCGAAGCCGCUGCUGCGUGCGUUUCUCGACCCGGAAGUCCGCUCGACGCACCACCUGUACAAAUUCCAGCUAGAGAAGUCGAAGUGCGAACUCGGCUCGAAGACCUCAUAGACCAGAAAAAUAACGAGGAUUCAGGAAGACUGAAAGCUCUGCUAGAUAUUAUUGAGCACAGCGGCUUCUUAGCGAAACUUAAUUACAUGUAUGACAAGAUGCAAACGCACUUGACUACAGUCACUGAGGCGGUUGGUUCUCUUGAAGAACGUGCCCAUCAGCGGAACGCCCUGAACGUUUGGGUGAACCAGCAGCGGGCUCUUUGCGCCGAGUGGAAGUCGAGACCAGCAAAAUUGCGGCCAGAAGCUGCACACACCGAGCUUCAAGCGAUGAACGAAUUACUGGCUGGGGUUGGAGAGCGUCGAACUCGCGCCCUCACAGAACUUUCCUCGGCUCAGGGCGGUCAAACCGAUGACCUUGAAUCAGGCCUCAACAAGUUAGAGGGAGAAUUGAUCGAGGCGAUAGCCGGGAAGCAGGCAACCCAAGACCUGAUCGAGAGGUACAGAUCUCACGUUCAGGACAUUCAGACUUGGUUCGAUAAUUUGUCGAAAAGAGCAGACGUUGUGGACAAGGGCAGUGGUCUGACAAUUGCUCAAAAGAUCUCCACCGUUCAAGAAAUCACCGCCGAAUUCGAAUCUCAGGGUCCAGGUAAGCUGGAUGAAGUCAAGAAGCUUGGUGACCUGGUUAUGGACUCGGUCAGCAAUCUUGACUCCCAGCAAAUUGAGGAGCAGAUAAAAUCCGUCGAAAGGAGGUACGGUGACAUCGGUAAGAAGCUUCAACGCAAGAGCCAAGUACUGGACAUGACCGCUCAAGGUAUUGAAGCCACGAGACGCGAGAUUGAAGAAAACAGAAAAUGGGUCGCUGAGAAAAAGCAAGUUGCCAGAACAUCUGAGCCCAUUGGUUACGAAAGCAGAAUGGCCGAUGAGAAGCUUCUGUCUCUCAAGGCACUGCUCAAGGAGGCUGAGGGAAAACAGGUCCUUAUUGGAACACUGGAAAAAAGGGUCAGCAACAUGCAAAAUGAGUUGGAAACCAGUGAACAACAACAACUCGAGUCAGACUCGCGAGCACUGCGGGGUGAGCAGGCGGAGCUGUGCUCCAUUCUGAGGGAAGAAAUUUCGGGUACCACAGCGGCUGCGGAUGCUCGACGAAAGCUCGAGACGGACUUAGAGCGCGCUCGACUGUGGAUAAAAGCGAAGAGCAGCGACCUGAAGAAGCUCAGCGGCUAUUUACCGUUGAAGGCGAAAAAAGUGGAGCAAGAUAUCAGCCAGCACCAUGGUUUUGAAUCCGACAUUGCAAACUUCAACGAGACCGAACUCAACGAUGUCCUUAAGCAAGGUAACGCGCUGCUCAAGGAUUGCACCGACGAGGAUCGCGGUCGGCUUCAAGCAGUAUUGAAUACCGUUAACGAAGAGUACGACGCGCUGAAGAAAGAAGCUCAAGAAAAACAGGCGGCCCUUGCUGACCUUCUCCAAGGACGAAAGGCCUUCGAAAAUGACUUGGACAGGUGCCAACGAUGGAUCAACGAAGCUGAGGUCGCAACGUCUGUGGAACUCCGUACCACCAGCGUCGAUGUCCUUCGCGAACAACUGGCCAAGUACGAUCGACUAAAGAAAGAAGCGAACGAGUACGCUGACGAAAUUGAGAACAUAACGCAGCAAGGAAAAUCGAUCCUUCCGACAAUUAGUGACGCCGAUAAGCUAGAGCUUAGUGAGCAACUGAAGAACUUGAAAGACUCGCAUCGCAGAGUAGCUGGCAUAAUCAAUGAGAGAGCCUUGGCCCUCCAGGCGAGCAUAGCCGAAGCUGAAGAGGCAGCUGCGAGAGUCGCGGAAGCGGUGCAAUUCAUGACUGACAUACAACGAGAGCUCCAAGAACUGAACAAGCCGAUAGGGUCUCGCGCCGAAGAUGUAGAAGGCAUGUUGGCGACUUACGAACGAAUCUUAGGAGACCUGAAGGCCAAUAAAGCAAAGCUGGCUGACCUGCAGUCUGGAAACGUCGGUGAUCUUCACGGCGUUGUGAGCCAGCAGGAUGACCUGAUCAGAGCGCUUGAGUCCCAGAUAGCGAAAUUACGCCAACUCCUUCUGCUCAGACAACAGUUCAUUGCUCUGGUAACAGAGAUUAUGACCUUCAUUACGAAAUACACUGGGGUAGUUAGAGAUAUUGAAAAGUCCGGCCAGACGACUGAAGAAAAAAUCAAACGCUAUGACGACGUGAUUUUAAAGAUCCAGGAGUGCGAAGCGACUCUGGCUAGCGCUACUGACAAGGGGCAGCAAAUCGCAGCCGAAGGAUCAGCGGCCGACCGAAACAAUGUGACCGAACAACUUCAGUCCCUCAAGCAGCAACUCCAGUCACUGAGACGCGCCGUCGAGUCUCAACGCGAAGAACACGAGUUGGCCGCUGCCGAACACAGACGAUUGGCGAACGAAUUGGCAGAUAUUCUCGACUGGCUUCAAAGCAAGGAAAAGGACGUUAAAUCUCGUCCGCUUCUCGAACGCGACUCGGCGAACGUUGAUGCGGAACUGAAGAAGCACAAGGAACUCUGCGACAGUGUCAAUGAAAAUCUGGAGAGAAUACGCGUCCUGAAGGAAUCCGUCCGCCACGAUGAGGGCAUGCCUGGUUCGCUGAAGGAGAUGCUCAGCGAGGCUGCCUCUCUGAUGACAUCGCUUCCUCGGGAAAUGGACGAUCGUGGUACCUACCUUGAAACUAACAGACUGAUGCGUCUUGACUACGCGGCUUUGACAGAUAAACUGCACGCUUGGGUCAGGGAAGCUGAUAUCCGAUUACAGAGCGAUAAGGACGGCCUUGACUUUGAAAAUAUACUGGCCGACUUGGAGGAGCACAAGAUCUACUUCAGCACGGAAUCAUCGAUACGGGAGUUGGUUUCACAGCAGAUACAGCAGGCAGCGGACAAAAUCUGGCCGUCGUUGAACAGUUCGGAACAGGAAGAGCUGAGUAGGGAACAACAGCAGCACACUCAGCUGCUUAAGAAUACCUUGAAUACUGCGAAAUCGCAACGCGCUCGUCUUGAACAAGGUGCUGAGACUUGGCGUGAUUAUUCGCAGACUUUAGAACGCGUUCGAGCUGUAAUUGCCAGGACCAGGUUCUCCGAUGAUCCCGUCAGCACUCUGGCCGGUCUGCAAUUCAACAUUCAGAAAAUUACUCACGCCCUCAACGACAUUCAGAAUCAACAGUUCGAGCUAGAUCUCCUGAACGAACGUGGAAGGGAGGUUCUAGACCAGGCCGACUCUGCAAACAAAUCUAUUAUUGAGACACAAUUGUCAGCUACGACUCUUGAAUGGCGUGAUCUGGUUUCCGGACUCGAAGGUCGCCGCAACACUCUUGAGGCUCUUUCUCGGCACUGGGAGGAACUCGAGGCGCAAUGGUCCCAGGUCGAAGCACGACUCAACGCCAACGACGAACGAAAUAAACUUAUCGAUAACAUCGUCCGAUCGAAACAGCAUCUCAUAGACACAACCAAGUCUUUGGAUGAGCUUCUGGCCGAGGGUGAACGACUGAAACCGGCAACCGACGAGGUGCGAACGCUCGCUGGUCCCGUCCUUGCCUAUCUCGCUGCCUUCACCGAAGAGCCGGCACGCAUCCUUGAAGAACGUCUGAAGAAACUUUCACAGUCGGUGCAGUCGCUUGUCGAUUCACUACGCAAUAAGUCCAAGAAGGCAAGUGAGGACUUGGAAACACUCGAAACGAUCGAACACGAGGUACAGGAGUUGAAGAAGCGAUUGGAAGAGGUCCAUCACCAGACGACCUCUUUAUACGUUUUCGGGGCGAACCAGGACGCGACUGAGACCGAACUCGGGGCGCUCCGUUCGUACCUCGAAGGGCUUGUCGAGACGGGCAAGAAGCUUUCGGGAGACACUAAGGCGCGGUACCAAGCUAGCCAGCAGUUGGUUCCAACCGAUAUCGGCCAGCAGCUGACUGCUCUCGAACUAGCGGCCGAGAGCGCAGCUUCAGCGAUGGAGGAGAAGCAACGCGAACAAAAGCGAGCAAGAACUACGCGCUCUGACUACAUCGCCGACGUCGAUGAAGUCCAGACGUGGAUUCGUGCCGCUGAGCUCAAGGUGCAGGAUCGUUCCAUGGAGCCUUUGAAGCUCAAGGAACACCUUCAGCAGAUACAAAACGAGAUUGGACUGAUUACCGAUAAACUGGAAAGGCUGACUAGAAACGGACAGGUGAUAAUUGACAAUACGAAGGAUGGAAACGAGAGGGAACUCAUAAAAAGCACAGUCAACAACUUGACCGAGCAACUAGCUCAGGUACGAUCAUGGCUCGAGGAGAAGAAGCAACAAGUUGGCGACACGUUGGACGCGUGGCAGAGAUUCCUUACACUUCACGAAGCGGUCAUGGCAUGGAUUAAGGAGAAACGGGUCUUCCUUGUUGAGCCUCUGCAGCUUAGUACUUUGAUACAAGCCAGACAGAGACUCCACGAUUAUUCCACCGCGGUAAAGAGCUGCAAGCAAGUAAACAAGAAUUUGAGUGAAAUGAGCAAGGAGUUGGAAGGUAUAGGUCAGGUGACGAACGUCGGAAAUCUUCCAGAGAAACUGACCGAAGCCGAAGACGCCAAGGUUGAGGUCGAAGGUCAACUACUCGAAAGGAAUUCUCUUCUCCAAGAGACGAGCGAAGAAUGGGAACAGUGCGAGAAGAAGAUGAAAGACGUUAGGAGUUGGCUAGACAAAGCUAGACAAACUUUAGAGUCGCCUCAAAGCAAGAAAAAACCGCUAAGGGAUCAGCACGCGACGAGGGAGAAGAUGCUCAGCGACAUUACCAUCCAGAAAACGAAGAUAUCCAUCUCGGUGGAAAAACUGCAGGUUCAUUUCAGGUCCGGAGUCGGUGGUGACACACGGAUUAGCGAAGCUGCCAACGAACUGAUCAAGGAGUUGGAUGUCCUUCACGAAUCUGUCAAGGAUCAAACCGCUUCUUUGGAGACCUGCCUCGCCCAGAUUGACCAGUACCAACAGGAGAUUCAGCAGCUUCGUCAACAGAUUGUCCAGGUUGAACAGCAGCUUCGAACAGUGCUCAGUCCGACGUAUCUACCCAACGAUCGGGAAAGAGCGCUACAAGAGCAACAGGCCUUGCAGACACAGAUGGACGGUUGGAGGCAACGCUCGAGAAUUCUGGUGGAUCAGAUUCAUGCAGUGGACCCUUACUAUAUUCUCGGGGGUGAUGCGAAUCCCCGCCAACCCGGGCUCAUUUCUUACGCAGAUAUCGCUGCGGGCCGCAUGAGUCCAAAUUCUAGAGGCGGUAGUCCUCAGAGGGCCCAACGCGAUGAGCCUCCUCCUCAGGUGCUUGUGCACGUUCUGCAUCCGACGCCGGCUAGGCAAACCGUUGUAGAAACCGUUAGUAUCUCGGAGCCACAAGUGCCCGUUCAGCCCGUUCAGUAUCAGCAGCAACCCGAACCAGCUGCGGUCGAACAAGUAUCGACACAGCAGGUAACAGCCGUCGAGUAUAAACGAGAGAAACAAAGCCGAACGAUAUCGGCGAGUAAAGUUAGCGCCACUGAAAGGUCGACCGGAAAUUCGUCGAUGCAAAGAAACGUCGAACGUCCAUCGAGACGCGGGCGUUCUCCGACUCGGAAGGAAGCGUUCAAACGAAAGGAGAAGGACUCCAGAGAGCCCCAAGCGGCGAAGGAGGUCAAGGAAGUACCUUCGAUACAUGUAGAGACACAGCACUACGUUCAUAAUGUCCGCGAGGUGUCCGAGGAGCCUCAAACGCGUCAGUCUAACACUCUUGCGCCGCGUGAAAUCAGGGGACGUUCUCCAAGUCCGAUAUGGAUUCCGGGUUCAACGUCUUACGCGGACAUUCUCAGAGGAAGAAUGCAGGCCGAACUUCGGGCGUCUUCCGAAGCAGCGUCUGACUCUCGAGACAUGGUGCAACUUUCGAAGGAAACUCGUCAUCAUGCGCCUCGAGAAGAUGUUGUCAAUCUAAAUCAGAGCGCGGAAAUGGUCGUCAGCCACGUUGAAGAGUCUGUGGCUCAACCCACUCACACAAUGGAAGAAGGCAAGCUACCAAUCGAAGCUCAUAAUAUUCCCGCUGGCCCUCAAGCUCCCAACGUUGUUACAGACUCGUAUCAAAACAUAAGUCAGUUGGACGGUUCAAAAAAUGUUGAGGAAAUAAGCAGAGAACAGAUAACCCGUUACACCAAAGAGACGACAAAUUGGGCCGACGAACCGGUGGAAGGUUACAACGUAAUCGAAAAUAAGCACUACGAAACUAUCAAUAGACCUCCCGCAGAGAUUUACGACUACAUUCAUCCUAUGCCGGAACUCGUCGGUUACAUAAACUCACAACUUGGUGCCUAUCCGGUAACUUCUUACGUCUACGCACCGGACUCGCAGCAGGUCCAACAGUUGGACGCGAUUCCAUUGAAUCCUUACGAAAGUCACAUGGUCGGUUACACAAGCGAGCAUUACGUUACGCAGGGAUCUUACUUGCCGACGACUGCAGAAUUGUAUCAUCAACAUCAGCAAACAAUUGUACAGCAAACACCUUCUAGUAAUGUAAUUGAGAUGGAGCAACAACAUGUGCCGGAUGAUUUCUCUUUCAAUCAAAAUAUCCCUCAAAAUAAUGUGCCAGUAUUAACUGAACCAGCCGAACAAAUAAGCGAGCACGUCGAGCACAUCGAGCACAAAGAACAAGUUGUUACACAAACUAGUUCAGUUAUUUCUACCAGUGAAAUGACUUUACGACACGAACAGAGAGAAGGUUCUUUACCUGCUUCUGAUUCUCGUGGAAAAUCCUUCUCUUAUGCACAAAUAUUAUCGCAAGGACUUAGUCCGAAAGCCACGACGCCUCCUAGGGAAAAAAGUGAUAGUGAACAACAGCCACGCAGAUCCUUAUCGCCAAAAGAAUCUUCCCCUCCACAAUAUGCUAAACCUCAGCAGACGGGCAAUUUGGAAAAGACCCAGUUCUCGCAAGUGAAGAAAGAUAAUGAGUGGGACGUUAUGAAGAAGAAAGAGAUAAAGAAAAAACAGUAUCAGGAAGACAGACCCCAACGUGAGGAUGAUAGGAAGGGAUGGAAAUCCAAUCGGCGAACUGAGAGAAAUACUCCUCCGAGACAAUCGAGCGGAAGUACAACUACUAUAACGGUGAUGAAAGAACUAACCGAGCUGAAGAAAAAUGUUGAUAAUAUUCAAAGGCAGAGCCCAAGUGCCGUCGUUGAGCAGAGUGCCCACGAUGCGCAGCAAGCAAAGAAACGCAAACCAAAAAAGAAGAAGAUAGAGAAGUCUCAAGACGAUGAGAUUGAAAAGGCGCUCAAAGAAAUCGAAGAUAUGAAUAAACAUAAGCCGAAAACAGGGAAGGAGAAAUCCAAAGGUUCAAAUAAACCGAAAGAGAACAUUAUCCUCACUGAAGAGGUCAAGAUUGAUAACGACUCUGCAACGCAGAAUAUUCAGAGACCAACAAAUGAAGAAAAAUUCAAAGAGGCAAAGAAGCCUGUGAACGGUAUAGAAUCAAAGGAGAAAUCCAAGCCUAGAAAUGAACCAAAGCCUAAAGAACAAACUAAGGUAAAGCAAGAAACUCAGCUGCCGGAAAAAUCCGAGGCACAGGUUAUUUCAGAAAAUAGAGAUAAGAAAGGUGGUAAAUCCAAAUCUAAUAAGGAUGCUAAGAAAAAUAAGGACAAUGUCGCACCAACGGAUAAAGUCAAUACUACUAAGGAAAUCAUUACGCAAGAUGUAGUCAUUGCAAAGAAAGAGCAGCCCGAAGAAGACAAAAUUGCAGGGGAUGAUACCAAGGUAAUAGACAAAAAGAAAAAUAAAAACGAAACGAAUGUUCAGGGAAAAGUUGCCACGAAAGAUGAGAGCAAACUAGAUAAACAAAUUUCCAAUAAGGAAACGAUCAAGCAUAAAGAAUCGGCGUCAUUGUCUCUCUCAUCUGUCACUGAUGACGUUUUGAAAAAUCAAGCUCAUUCGAAGGAGAAAACGAAAUCUGAGAAACACAUUAAUUUGCCAAAAGAAGCUAAAUCUGCGGAACAAGUAUCAACGACUGUAAAAACUUCUACUACAAAACAGGCUAUUAAGAAAGAGGAGUCCAAAUCGAAAGAUCAGGCAUCUUCCAAGUCCAAAAAUAAGCCAGAAAAACAAGAUACUCCCAAAAAGGAGAUCAAACCAAAAGAACAGCUUGUACGUUGUCAAGUUGAAGUCGACGCGAAGGGAACAACUCCCAGCAAAGGCCAGGAAAAAACUAAGGAACAAAUUUCAACUAAGACGAAAUCAAAGUCCGAAAAGCAAACUGUUUCCCCGCAAAAAGCUCAGUCAGAUGCGGAAAAAGUUCUCUCAGUUGAGACUGCUAUCAAACAGGAUGUUUCGAUGAAGGGUGAAGCAAAAUCUGAGCAGCCAAAAACUACUCCUUCUAUCGAACCCAAGCCCGAGGAAGUGAAGAAACUUGAAACUCAAGUGACUUCCAAGGAGACAGUCCAAUCUAAGAGUAAGAAAUCUCAGAAACAAGCUCAGUCAAAGAAAACUACUAAAGUUGAAGCCCAAUCUAAGGUAGACACACCUGCGAGUGAACCAAUCGUACCAAAAGAAAAAAGCAAAUCUCCUACGAUUGAAGGGACACAAAAAUCAACAGAUGUAACGAAAGAGGAGAAACAGGUGUCGAAUAAAAGCAAAUCUAAGGCUGAAGCAAAAUCUAAGAAGGAAGUACAGCCCAAGGAACAAAUCAUUCAAAAGAAGCCGGAAGGACCUGGAAAAGAAAUGAUAUCUCAGAAACAGGGUAAACAAGAGGAAGUUUCUACUUCAGCAGAAACAUUCACGACAACGAUUCAUACCAAAGAAACUCUGAAGACCACAUUUAUUUCCAAGGAACAAACAGUUUUAGCAGGUAAAAGCGAUCUACAGGUAAUGACUGCUGCAAAUCAGGUUAAGAUGGAGCAGCAGCCAAUAGAUAAACCUGUUUUCAAAGGAGAAAUUGUGCCAAUCAAUGAAACUGAAGGCAAGGCAAAAACCGUCAGUACUUCUCAGCCCCUUUUAGAAGAACAUCAAACUCCUGGCGAAACUGGUGUUCAAAUUGACACAAAAACUAAGAUCAAAGUUACUCGACAAUCUAGUCACAAGGAAAAUAAGUCGAAGACGGACGGCAAACCAGAGGAAUCAGUUCCGAUAACUACAGUAAGUCUCACCCAAGAGAUCUCUUCAACAGAAAAAAUUGAGUCAGAAAAAGGAAAAGUUGUUCAAGAAGAUAAGCCUAAGGAACAAACUCUCAUCGAAACUAAAUCUAUCCAAAAAGACCAAAGUGUCAUUAAGGAUACUGACAUCUCUCCUGUGGGAAUCAUCGGCACAUCUGAGUCUAAAAUAGAAGUAAUGAAAACCUCGACACCUUCACUGGCUGUUGAGACAAAAGUUGAACCACUCAAGCAAAUACCUUCGAAACCAGAGGAUCCUUCUGAGCUUUCGUCAAAUGCUGGCAAGAAAACCAAGCUCAUGGAACAACUUACCCCAAUUGCUGGCAAGAACAAAACUGUCUCUCAAAUAAGUUCCCAAGAAACAAUCACUGUUGUAGACACGAUAUCCACUAAAACAGAAAAAGUUCGUUCAGAUCAAAACGACUCGAAAGACGAUUCGAAGCCCAUAAGUCCUAUUGUGUUGAAGGACGAGCCUAAGUUUGAAGACAAAAGUAUCCUCGAUAAGAAAACCAAGCCUAUAGAAAAAGCUGACUCUAAAGAAAAUGAUACACCAAAGAUAGCAACUAAUUUGAAGUCAAAGCAGGAGAUCAAAGAUCAAACUCCCACCAAAACCAAAGGCAAGACCACAAAACAAAUUUGUCCUGAGCAACCAACAAGGUCUGAGGAACAAUCUAUUUCCAAAGUCGAAGUCAUUCCGAAAGAAGAGAUUAUUACAAAGAACGUGGUCGAAACGACGGUAAAAACUGUUACCAGUGUUCAACUUCAGCCAGAACAGGAUAAGAUUGUUGCUGAAAAAAACGUACCUGAAAAGGUAAAAGUUACUUCUGAAAAAGACAAAAUUGCUCCUAUAAUGGAAGCCGUUGUUUCGGGGAAGGGAAAAGUUACUUCUGAAAAGGAACAAGUUCUUCCUACAAAGGAAGAAGCUGCUCCUCAAAAGGAAAAGAUUAUUCCUAAAAAGGAACAGGUUAAUCCUGACAAAGAAACAACUGCUCCACGAAAAGAGAAAGUUGUUCCUGAAAAGAAACAGGCUGCUCCUCAACAGGAAAAUGUUACACCUGAAAAGAAACAUGCUGUUCCUGAAAAGGAAAAGGUUGCUCCUAAAAAGGAAACAGUUGCUCCUCAAAAAGAAACAGUUGCUCCUCAACAAGAAAAAGUUGUUCCCGAAAAAGAACAGGUAGUUCCUGACAAAGAAACAGUUCCUCCUCGAAAAGAGAAAGUUAUUUCUGAAAAGAAGCCGGUUGUCCCUGAAAAGGAAAAGCUUGCUCCUAAAAAGGAAACAAUUGCUCUUCAACAGGAAAAAGUUGUUCCCGGAAAGAAACAGGUUAUUUCAGAAAAGGAAACGGUUGCUCCUGAAAAAGAAACAGUUAUUCCUCAAAAAGAAAAGCUUAUUCCUGAUAAGAAACAGAUUAUACCAGAAAAGGAAAAGAUUGCUCCUAAAACGGAAAAAGUUCCUCCUAAAAAGGAGCAGUCUGAGCAACAAACUCCAUUUGAAACAAAAGGCAAAUCUGUGGAGCAUGUAGCUGAUGCAAAGAGUAAAACUGAUUCAAAUGAUGGUGCAAAACCAAAAGAUGAAAAACCUGUUAAGGACCAAGUUAAUCCUGAAGGUGAAAUCGUCCCAACAAAGGGAGAUCAACACCAGACCCAAGAAGUGACGGACGUUCAAAUCACGACCGCAUCGAAAACAGUCAUAGCUAAACAAACAGUGGAAUCUUCGGUAGGAAUUUCUUCUGGUUUCAUACGUGAAGAAGUAAUUACUUCCGAAAAAGAAAAAUCUGACGCACCGCCAUCUUUCAUCGUUGAAUCUUCACCAGAGGAACGUACCUCAUCAAAGGGCAAACCGAAGUCGAAUAAGCAAAAGGCUCCCAAAGACAAAGACGUAAAAUCUACUUUGAAGAACGAACCUUCCAUAGGAAAGUUUGCGCAAAAAGUUGAAAUUGUACCAGAAAAACCAAUUACUUCAACAACCCCUGUAAUUGAAGCUCCAAAAACUGACUUGCCCAUCAAAUCCGAAACUCAACUUAAAGUUUCUACCGAGGUUAAAAUCGAACCCACAAAGGAGAUAUUUUCUAAGAAUGAACAAAUCUCUGAGAAACAAAUCGUCGUCACAGAAGAUGAAAAUAUCUUGGAAAAAUCCACCUCGAAGGUCACGGUUGAAAUUAAAAAAGCAGGUGUCGCGGAAAUUGAGGAAAGGCUUGCUGAACCACAGUCUUCCAAAGUUAAAUCUACCCCUGUAGAGCAGGCUACUCCUAAAGAGACUAAAAUCGAAGAACAAACGUCGACAAAGAGCAAAUCUAAAUCUAACAAACAAAAUAAAUCUGUAACGGAAGUGAAAAGUGAGGAACAAGUAAUCGUCACUGCUGAGAAAACUUCCGACGCAACAAGUAAAAUUGAAAAUAAGCUGCAAUCUCCCGAGAUUCGCGAAACACCCAAGCAACUUGUUAACAAGGUUUCAUUUGAACAAACUAUUAGUGCUGUUGAUAAAUCUGAGAAAAAAAUCGAUGUCAAAGUUGAAGUUUUAUCCAACAUAGAUGCUGAACCUAAGAAACAACACAGCUCUCCCGCGACUGUACUUGCUGACAAGAACAAAAGAAAACAUAGCGAACAAACGGGCGAGUCUAAGAAAGAGACGACUAAAAUUGAAGAAACUAAACCUGCCACACAAGUUGUUUCUACAGUUGUUGAGACUACAAGCGCAACAACCAACAAGCCAGUUGAUUGUAAGGACAAAUCUGUAUCUGUGGAAAAAGUGACGGUUGUAUCGGAAUCCCACAGUACAUCUGUGUCCACCUCUGUAAAAGAGGAUGUGCAGUUUGAAACUAAACGGGCCGAAAUUACGACAUCGAUAAAACCGAGCGGACAUCAGGAUAAGCCUAAACAGGAGAACAUACCAGAGAAAUCGGGUGCUGGUACUGAAAUACAGACAAAGCUGAACGAGAAACUUGGAAAUAGCCAAAAAUCAGAGGUUAAAAAAUCAUCAGCAGUAGAAAAUCCGAGUACUAAGUCCACUAGUAAGCUAGAUGAGAAAGCUAAAUCCAAAGAACAAUGGAAAUCUAAGACAGAAAAAUUGUCUGAACCUACGGAGGAGGCUGAAAUAACAGAGCCAGUUCGGCCUGUGAGCGAUGCUGCGUUAAAACCAAAAGAUGAAGCCGAUUCUGAGGGUGUCCUUUCUCAUUUGAAGACCGAUACAAUGCUAGUAAUUGACGAAGGUCCUAGAGAGAAAAUCCAGACUGGAAAAGCUCUCAUCAUUGAGAAAACAGUUACCACCGUAACAACCACAACUGCUGGAUCAGAGGAAAUAAAACCUCCCGCUAUUAAGUCUGUCAAGUCCGUCGAAAUUUUAGAAAACGUUCCACUUCCGGUUACAGUAGGUACAAAAGAAACGGAAUUAAUAUCUUUGCGACCGGAAAAUGUAGAGGCUACGUUAACGACAACUUAUGCUAGGGUCGGAGACGUCGAUUCCGCGCCAAUAGAUCAAGUAGCUCAGUCGAUAGGUGAAACUGUUACGGAUUCGCAGUCGGAUGUCCAAAGUCUUUCCGCGUAUUCUGCUAUCGUUUCGUUGCAGGAAGAGGCUCCUUUGUUUGGUAGCGUUAAGGACAGGAGUAGAAGUUAUCUCUUAGCUUCAGAUGAAGUUUCCCAGGUUCCAAGUGCUGUAGGUGAAUCUAACAAAAUCAUUACCGACAAGAAAGAAAUUUCGCAGCAUUCGGAUGUAGUUUUAACCGAGGAAGAUCAAUUGUUCAUGAAGAGUAUUGAGAACAAUUUAAAAAAGAAGACUAAGAAGCGCCCCACCCUACCUGAAGAGUUUAUUCAAAAAGAAUCGCAACAAAUUGUAAAAGAAAGCUUCGAUUCUACCAGCGUUAGCAACACCAAAGUAGUUAUGGCAAUUGAUUCUGAACAGACCGUGAUAUUUGAUGAAACUACCAAACCUGUUGUCAAGGUAAGUGACGCAAAUAAGCCCCAGGAGAAGCUCACAUUGCAACCAAUGGCAUCUAAUAAACCUGAAAAAAUUAAACAUGAGGAGAACAGUGAAAUGAAACUUCAAGAAGUAUUACCUGAGGAAGAACCAAGCGACACUAGCAGUCCUACUGAAAAUCUCAAGAAUUCAGCAGAAAUUAUUAAACCAUACUGGAUAGACUAUCACCACUAUGCGGAUGCAGAGAGACAAUUCCAUCAGCACUACACUGUCGUCAAAACGAUAGAAAAACAAGUCUUACCAGCUGCUCCUGAAAAACUUAGUCCAUCAGAUAUUGAAAAAAUAAUCCAAGAAUCGAAGAUGCGUGAUCCAAAGAAUGCCUCCCUUCCGGCCCAACAGGAGUCAGAGGAAGAGCUAAGACUGCUUGCACUUUCCAAUGAAGCUCCCAAAUAUUUGGAAACGAACUUUUACGAUAUUGAGUCUAGAUGGGUCGAGAAUAAAACGCGGCGAGAACUGAUAAGUGCAACAAGUGCAGAAGAAGCAGAGAUCAAACCUUCUACAGACACUCAGGCCGAUUUGCAAUCGAAGUACGAUGUUUCUGAGGUGAAUAAACCAGCUCCGAAAGAGUAUUCUAAAACUACUCAACAUGAAAUAGAUGAGCAAACAACAUCGAAAAUAAUCAUUGACUUGCCAGUUCCAGAGCAGAAAGCAAAAUCCGAUAACGACAAACCCACAAACGUGUUGCAAGAUACAAAAGUAACAAAGUCUGAACGUUCCACGGUACAUGAGUCUCAAGUAGCUACCGUACAUAUUGUAAAAACGACUAAGGAAGAACAUACCAGUGAAGGUGAGCUACUUACCUCUACAAGCGGCAAGGAUGUUGCUGUUAAAGGAAAAGUGGAAGAGAAAGAAGCUUCGAAAAAGACCAAUCCAACGGCUAAGCCUAUAGAAAAGCCAAUUGAAGAAAAUGCUCAAAAACCAGUAGAGCAAAUAGAUGCGAGAGACCAGAAAAGUAAAAUUGUUUAUACGGCAGAAAAGACGACUGAUUCCAAAAUCAAAGUCCAAACUGAUGCUAAGCAGGAUACUACCAUCAUUAAGAAAGAUUCUGAACCAAGUAAGGAAGAAGAGAAACAUGUGAAACCAGUCAAAAUUGAAGAGACCAUUAAAAUGGAACAAAUUUCAGCGGAUAAAAAAUCACAGGAUGAAAUUAAACCAAUAGGAGUAAAUAAACAUAAAACUGCAGUCAGUGAAAAGAAACCAGAAACGGAGCAGUUGACGGUGAUACAGAAAACUGAAGCCAGUGAAAAGAAGCCAGAAACGAAGCAAUCGACGGUGGUACAGAAAACUGAAGCCAGCGAAAAGAAACCGGAAACGGAGCAAUCGACGGUGAUACAGAAAACUGAAGCUGUAUGUAAGAUUGGUGGCAAGGAAAUCGAACCUCAAGAAAUACAAGGAAAAGUUCAGCCAGAAGACCCCCAUCCACAAAGUAAUAUACGAAUUGUCACAAAAGAUCAACCAAAAUCUAACAAAAUUAGUAAGCAGCCCAAAGAUGGUAAAAUGACCGAUAAAAAAGAACCUACGAAAGAAGCAAUGGAAAAUGAGUUACCAACUGAAUCUACGUUUAUUCCAACACCACAGGCCGUUAAUGUUGAACAGGGUCCAGUUCCUAAAGACCAGGAAUCUAACGAGGCGCCCAAGAAGAAAAUUCAAAGUCACGAAGCACUUAAAGUAAAGGAUACGGUUCAAGAUGUUGAAGUGGUCGCAACGGAUACAAAGAUAAAAGUGGAAGUCGAGGUUAACACCGAAGAAAAGCUAAGUGUAGAUCAGAAGAGUAAGAAGAAAUCUCAAGAUAAGAAACAACCUGCUUCAAAGUCCGAGGUCAAACCGAAGAAACCACCGGCUACCAAGGACAUUCCAAUACCUACUACAAUAACUGUGACGAAAGAGGAAGUUAUUAUUAAAUCAGAAACUGCUGUUAGUACACCUAUUGUGACCGAGGAAAAACUUGGAAGUCAGCCGACAUUUGAGCACGAAAAUUCGCAACAAGAUCUGUCACUCAGUGUGUGCUCGAAACAGCCGAUAGAAGAGACAAAAAAGAAGGCUGAUGAUAUGCAGAAGCCAGAGGAGAAGGCAAAAGAACCAUCCAAACCUGCAGAUAAAAUUACACCGAAGCCGAAUAUCGAAACGGCAACAGUCGUCAAGGAUAAAAAGGAGCACGCCAUACAGAUCAAAGAAAAAACUCAGGAAAAAACUAAUACAUCGAAAAAACUAGAAGCUGUCAAAUCAGAAGAUGAGUCCAAAAAGUCUCCGGACUUGACAGUUAAAGUUGAACCGAAAACGAGUACUAAAAAAGCAACUGUCGAUAGCGAGGAAAAGCUAAAGAAUGAAUCAGUGUCUGCAGUUCAAUAUAAACAAAAGGAGGAAGUCCCAGCGAUUUUCGGACAGAAGGAAGAGAAGAAACCAGAUGUCCCUGCUAAGCCAAAGCCCGAUGAACCAAGUCAAGUUAAAUCCGAAGAAAGAAGUAAAUCUAUUCACCUUGUCUCUGAUGACUCAUGGAUGGACCUCCUGGACGAAGAUGUGGUAAUCGAAGACGAUGGCUUUGAGGAGUGGGAGGAAUCCAAGGUCAAGGUCGAUCAGAAAAUUAAAUCUGAAGAAAAGAUCGCUGUACAGCCGAAGACCAGUGAAAAACAAGCACAAAGUGCAGAAAUUAAAAUCAAGCGGACAACUGUGGACGAGAAGGUUACUGAUAAAUCCAAACCAAAAGAAGCUGUUGAGUCGAAAGCUCCAGUUGGAAAAGACGAAAGUGAAACGAAAGAAGUAAUCCAGAGUGAAGUGGAGGUUCAAACUAUCGUUCCGAUCAAACCAGUCGAAGAACCUAAAUCCGUUCAUUUGGUGUCUCGUGAUUCGUGGAUGGACACGAUUAUACUGGACGAGGAAAUGACUGUUUGCGACGAUGGUUUUGACGAGACUGAAGUUUCAGAACCCCAGGAAAAAUCGAAACAUACUAUCAAACCGUCACCCAAGAAACAAACGAAAGUCGAGGAGCACAAAAAGUCAGAAGCUGUUGUAGUAGAAAAAUCAGUCAAGCAAAGUGAGCAAAUCAAGCAAGAAAUUUCAGUGAACGUUAAGGAACCGAAAACUCACGACAUGGUUACAGAGCAAGAAAAAUCAACUAAACCAACAAAAAAACAGGCAGCUCAUAUUGAUUCCGAGCCAGAAGUGAAUACCACGGAAAUUACGAAAGGGAAGAAAGAAGGAAAGUCUAAAGUUGCCACAUCGGUUUCCGAAGACGUGAACGUUGUCUCUAAGAAAUCCAUUACUCAAGAAAAUGUACUAAAGUCUGUUCUCAAAACAGAAGAAACAGUCUCGCCUGAUUUAAAGGAAGAACCCGCCAAGUUCGACAAUCGACUAAAUCCAAAUGCCAAAUCAUGGGCAUCCGUCGUUGGAAAGAAGAGCGUGACUGACAGCCCUAAAUCUGACCCAAAUACCUUGCAAAAAGUAGAAACUACCGAACAGUCGCUGGGCAGGUCUGAAGCAACGCCAAAGGUUGCAGCUGUCGAAAUUAUAUCAGCUGUACAGCCUGAAACAUCUGACUUGCCGAAAAUAACAACUCAAGAAGAUAUAUCAAAGACUGCAACAGUUGAGCAACAGAAAGAAAAGACUCAAGAACCAGCAGCGCCAGUUAUAUCAGCGAAGAAAAAUAAGAAGAAGGGCAAACAUGUCGAAGUCAAACAGGCCGAGGUUCUUGAAAAAGAUGAGCCUGUAAUAUCCAUCGAUUCACUUACGACUAGUGCUCCGGUUAUCGAAUUCACCAUUUCCGAGACUGAUAUCACAAAAGAUGCUAAUGGUAAAUCGUGGGCUUCUAUCGUGGCAAGCUCGACAAAAGUCUCUUCCCAAACUCAUUCCGAGGAAUCAGCUACUCUGACAUCUCAAGCAAUCGCUACAGUUUCGGAUAAUGACGUUGAUAUCAAGACCGCGAUAUCUACCAAAGAUACUGACCAAUCACUUCUGGAAAAACCAACAGAAACUAGGACACAAAUAAAUAAAUCACCGACGCACGCACGCCCGCGCAAAGAUAAACCUCAUGGUAGAGAUAAACUAAGCGUGGAAGUUGUGGAGGCUCCGACGGUACGUGACACUGAAGCCUUGGGAGAAAAUAAAGAACCCGAUAUUUUGGCCUUGGUGAUGUCGCACGAAGAAAACAAACCGGCAGAAGUUGAUACGAGAUCGCAUACGGAGCCGCAAUCUUCACUUUGGGCUGACGAAAUUGAAGAUUUCAGUCUCUCAUCUGCACCAGAAGAAGUUUCCUCUUCGGAUAACACCGUGAAAGUUGAUUCGAAAUCGUGGGCCGCCAUCGUUGGGACUAAAACUACUGAAACAUCCACGUCGAUUGAGUCGGCUGUAAUUACACGCGAACGCAGUCCAGUUCACAAGUCUGUACCACCUGUUUCACAUGUACAAAUUCUUGUGGAAGAAGUUCCGGAAGUUGAACCCAUUGAAAAUAUUGUUAAAGUUGACGAUCAGGGAUUCAUGGAAUUUUUGAACAAGAAAGAACUGCGUUCCAGAAGGUCUAGAUCACGUUCUAGGAGUGCUAGGCGAGAACGGAAUGUUCCAUUGCAAGCCCAUGAAAUGACUGACCAAGAAUUUGGUAAACAAGGUAAUGCUGAUGCAAGAUCUCAAGAUAGAAGUGAUACGAAGGUCGAGGUUAAACAAGAAAGUCUAGCCAAAACGGUUGACAGAAGUCAUCCAGAUACAGGUGCUAAGGUAAAAGAUAUUUUGACACAAGAACCUGAUGUGAAGCAUAAGAAGGACUCUAAAAUCAAGGAUCAAACAAAGCCGAAACAACCAAAUCAAAAAGAAGAACCUACCAAGCAGCAGCGUGAAAGCAGAUCAAAAACUAAAGACGUUCCAGAUAAAGCUACAUCUGAGAAGGAAGUUAAAGCUACCAAAGGUCAAACAAAGGGAAAGAAUAAGGCUAAACCGAAAGACCAAAUUGUUUCUGCAGAUGAAGUACAGGCACCUAAUGAGCAGAAACCAAUUCCUCAAGCAAAAACAGAGGAAGGCAUUCAUAAAUCUGAUAUUACACGGGCAGCAAGUGAAAUUAAAGUCGAAAAAAUUGAAACGAAGAUUGAAGUUUCAAAACAAAAAUCAGAUGCGUUAGACAAAGCAAAAGCAAUUGAAUCCACUGAGACUGAAGAAAUUGCGAAGCCCACUGGUGAUGUCAAGGCCCACGAACCAAAAGUAAAAGAACCGAAAGAGAAACCAAAGGCGAAAGAACAAAAAACUUCUGCAGACUCAAAAACUAAAAAAGCAUCGAAAUCAAGUGACCAGGAUAAGUCUAACGAAAAGCUAGAAACGAAAGAUGUCGUGACAUCCGCAAUUGAUUCAAGAGUGCAGGAACCCACUUUGGAUGCGAAAACGGAAAAACUGAAGGUUGAUAAAACUAAGGUCAAAGAUGAAAAGGCUCAGGAAGAUAAAAAGUUAAAGAAACUACCAAGUGAAGAAGAAAAAACUGUCGAAAAAAAUGAGCCAACGAAUAAAGGAAAGACAAGUGCUGAGGUGAAGUUAUCGGAAUCUUCCGUGCUUGCUAAGGCAGAAAAAAUAAAGGAAACGGAUAAAACAAACAAAGAAAAAGUUCCAGAAGACAAAAAAUCGAAGAAAGCUCGCAAGUUGAGCGACCAAGAAAAAGCGAAAGAACAGUCUGAGGUGAAAGAUAAAGCAAAGACCUCCCCUGACGCUAAAUCGCAAGAAUCUGAAGCAUCCUCUACUCUUGAGAAAGCUGAAGAAGUGACUACCACAAUAGAUCAAAAGCAGAAGGAAGUAAUAUCGAUCGAAUCUGUUGAGACUAUUCAGCAGCGGAAAUUGAAGGAAAAAUUGGAGUCAAAGCAAAAAUACGAGUCAGAUCAGACGCCUAUGAAACCACAACCGCAAGAAAUACAGGUUACACCCAAUAUAAGUAACAAAACCGAGACUAAAGCAAAGGAGGAUAUAAUCUCUGAAGAAGUAAAAUCUAAAAAUUCCGCUAAGGUGGCUGAGCCACAAAAAAUCAAGGAACAGCCUGAGGAGAAAGACAAAACUGCAGAAAUGGCGUCGAAACAAGAAAAGCCUAUGCCAGCUGAAGUUAAAAAACCUGAAACACCGGCUUUGAGCGGAGAAACCAAAGUGACGGAUAAAUGCAAAGCGCCAGCAACGUCGGAGAAGAGCAAAUCAAAGAAAUCCACAAAAUCCAGUGAUCAGGCAAAGGUGAAGGAAAAUCUCGAAAUUAAAGAAGGAUCAAUUCCCAUCGUUGAUUCAAAAGCAGAAAUAAUUCAAACAACUGUUGAACCUAAAAAGUCCAAAGAGAAAUCUGAAAUACAAGAGCAUGAGACCCAGAAAACAACAAAGUCAGCCACGAAAUCAAGUGAUCAGAAAAAGACGGUAAUUGAUUCAAAAACUCUAAUUCCUGAAUUACCAACGAAAGUUGAAGACUUGAAGGACAUAGCUGCAGUAGUACUGCAAAACCUAGGAGCUACGAUAGAGAAGCCUAAAGAUCCAGUUACAGUAAGUAAGGAAAAGAAAGUCAAACAGGAAACUAAACGUGAAGAAGUAAAACCAAAAGUGGAAGCUAAGACAGAAGACCAGAAAUUAAUCGUUGAGGAGAAGAAAGUAAGUGAAGUCACUCAGACGAAAUCUGAACUAGAUACUGGCGCUAUUAAAACACCAGAUAAUCUCCAAAACAAAAAAGAAAAAAAAGAUAAGAAAAAGCAGCCAGAAAUUGUAGAUAAGGACAAAAGUGAGGCUCCGAGUUCAUCUAUGAAAUCUGAUGAAUCCAAAGAACAGUCGACUACGCGAAAGGAAUCAAAAUCACCUGAAACGGCACAGCCUAAAGAAGAGAAGAAACCCCAGACUGUGACCAAAGUGGAAAAAGAUGUUGCAACACCUCCAAAAGACGUGGCAGCAGAAUCCAAACCGAAAAAUUCAAAGCCAAUUCAGACUCAAGUCAAGCUUGAAGAAACAGUAAAGAUUGCAGUGGAAUCAAGUAUCAAAACAGAGAAACAGGCGGCAAGUAAAUCGAAGAAAGGUAAAGAGUCUGAGGAAAUUACCGCUGCUCAAAAUGAUCAAGUACCGAAGAGGACGGAAACAGUGGAAACAAAGUAUGAUGUAUCUCUGAAGCAACAAGUUGUCGAUGGUCAAUCGAAGCACGCUGUCCACGAAAAAGUUGAGACCGAUGAUAAGAUUUCGAUCGUUGCAAAGAAUGAGCUCAGCGAUCGAAGUGUUGAAGGUGAAGGAGUGUUAAAAGACGAUCAAAAAGUACGUGAGGCAAAGGAGAAACCUAAAGAAGAUAAGAAUUUGGACAUAGAUAAACAUCUAUCAAAAGCAAAACUCGAGAGUCAAACAUCAGACCCACUCAAAGACACUGUAAAAACUAGCGUCGAGACAACACUUGAGACAAAAACGAAGGACAAAAAAGCGGUUUCAAAGCCAGAGGAACCUACGGAUAAGAAUAAAAAAGCUGCAGAUACGGAACCUGAGAAACUCCAGCAAGUUGCUACUAAAAUUCCAUCAACCGGAUUACCGACACCUUCUACAACAUCAGCAGACGAAAUCGACAAACCAGGAGAAAAAGUUUCUUCCGCAAUCGUCACAGAGCUUAAAUUUGAACAAAAGCCGUUGAAAGAAGUGAAAGAAAAACUUGUCAUUGAAAAGAACAUCCAGGAGGAGGUCCCAGAGUCCCCUGAAGAAACGAUCAUAGAAACACAGCACCUUGAAUCUGACACAGCACCGAAACAGAAAGUGCAAUUUUACAUCGAUGACGAAGUACUUGACCUUAGUAAACACGAUGAGAAAAUCAUUUUGCCGAAAGAAGAGUCGGGCUUGACAGCUUUGUCGAAAUUCAUACCAUUAGACAGUGGUUUUUGGUUCGAAAAGUGGGACUACCACGAAGCAGAACGUCUUCUGUUCGAAAACUUAGCAAUCGUUGAGAAGCCAGAAGUAACAAAUGAAGACGAGCCCAGUGAUAAGGGUCCACAUGACAAAGAUGAUGACAACGACGACGAUAAUAAUUCUCAUCGUAACGGCCCGCAAGGUCUUUCCAAUGGCCUGAGUUCGCAAACAUCCGCGAGCGCGCCGCAGACGGAACGUUUAGUCGCAGAUCUUCCGGGCGGUAUCGGUAGUUGGACUGAUUAUAGCACUUACUUAGCUAACGAACCGUUAGAUAAUCAUCAAGACCUUCCGCCAGACCAUACAUCCGAGCUAGUUCGUAGAAUGGCAGAAGAGAUUAUAACCGAUUUAGAUGUUCCCGAUAGUCCGUUCUCCGAAACCUUGACCUUAUCUUCAACCCCUUCCCAUGCCAUACCGCCACCCUCUUCAUCUUUAGGUAGACAGACAGAAACAUCCAAGCAGCACUGGAGUUCACUCCGGGAGGUGGAGAGAGAUACCAUGGCAACGGCCGUGACCGUGGCCGAGAGAACCCGAAGGCUCAAGGAAUCGAUUUCGGAUGACCUUGCAUCCCUGAAGUUGGCAGUGACACGACUUGAGCUAUCAUUAGAUUGUUUGCCCGGAGAUAGCAUACAGUCUAUGCUUUCGGCACUUGUGACAAUACUAGCGGAUCUUCAGGUGUACGACCGACAGGCAGUCGACAUAAACACGUCAUUGGCAACGAUCCCCAGAGAUUCCGAAACUCAGCAAUUGUCAUCGACUCUCAAGGAAAUUCGUGCGCGAAUCGCAACCCUUUCAUCGCAAGCAGAGCAGGGAACUGUUGCGUUGGAGAAUGCACGAAGUGCACAAGAACGUCGUCAGCGAGAAGUCCAAAUCUACAUGUCAUUCCUGGAUGAAACUGAAAUAUGGAUUAGGCAGAUCAUCGCGACCAUACACGAAAAACAAUCAGUGACGGCGUGCAAGGUGCUUCUCGAGGAAAUAGAAACUCGGGAGAAGCGAGUUGCGGAAAUGGAGUCACUUCCCGAGGUGAGUGCCCUGGCGAAAACUAUGAGGGAGGCUCUGACGGACGUCGCGACGCGUCUACGAUACAAGCAGCAGGAGAUUGAGGACUUAGAGGAAAUGGCAGAGGCAGAAGAUGACGCGUCCGAGCGUGGGGAAGGUACUUUAGACUCAGCGCCUUCGAUUCACUCCUCUUUAGAGCACGAGCCCCAUUCUCUGCCAUCGCAAGCUGAUGUUUCCUUGCAAACCGGUCAGAGCUUGUUACUCAAUGCGAUCACGAUUGAAAAACCAGCCCAGCUGACAAAACAAACGUCAACGACAACAACAACUGUUCAAAAACCAGCUCAGCUCACGAAACAAACGUCCACCACUCAGAUACCGGUCUCUACCGCGUCUCAAACGAUGCCAACGGAAUCGAGCACACUCGUGAAGAGAGACGAGGACAACGCCCAAACUCAGGAGACGAUCAAAAUCGUAAAAUCUUCGGACGGCAAUCACGAUGUGAUCGAAAUAGCGACGAAAAAUGUGCCUUCCAGUACGAGCUCAGAAUUCAUCAGACGCGAACAAUUUGGGUCAAUGCCAGAUGACAUAGUGGUCGACAUGAAGUACCAAGACGCGCAGAAAACCGAGAGCGCGACGUCGGAGUUGAACAUAUCGCACGCUGCUCCGCAGGCCUUCGAAACUUUCCUGACAGAACCUGACGAUACGACAACUGAAGUAGUGGUCGACGCCGAUGGCACGAAGAGAAUCAUCGUUCGAAAGCUCCGGCGCACUUUGGUAACAAGCCAACAAACAACUCAACAACAUUUGACCACCUUGUCGACAGCAGUGGACGGUAACCCGCCGGUUACGCAAGCCUUUUCAGAGGCCACCAUGAGAGGCCAACAAGUUACCGUCACGCGAUCGAAACCCGAUGGAACUGUUGAACUGUCGACGACUCAGUCCUACGGGGGACGCGUUACCACUGGUGCACCGGGCGGCGAAAUCAACGUUGAAGAGUUCGAGACGGGACCUCAGCAUUCGCACCAAAUAAUCCAAGGCAACAUUCAGGAUUUGCAGUUUAAACCGAUAGAAGGUGAACCGUCGGCAGUAGAAUCUGGGGAGUAUCAAACUACCACUUCGAGCGUUCACGCCGUAGUCCAGCAAGUUACUCGCCGAGUGAUCAGAAGAACCAGGCGCACCAUUCGGAAGAUCACCAUAAUUGACGGCAAAGAAACAACGACUGAGGAAGUUAUCGAAGAACCGGAAGAAGUGGAAAUCGACGAGCAAGAUAUACCGCACAUUAGUAUCAACGUAACCAGAAAUGACAAUGAGAGAAUCAUCGAUAACAGUAUUGCAUUUGCUCCUGAAGGUACCACUGGAGUUGAAAGACAUAUCUUUGAUGCCCAGGCCAGUGCGCAGGUACCUCAGCCUCUACUUCCGGAAGGUACGGUGCCACUUACACCGGGAAGUCCGAUGCAAGGACCGUUCUUUGGACCAUUUGCCAAAGAUAUGACAUCAAAAUCUUCUUUUACAGAGACAAUUCAAGCUCCUACUUCCAUCGAGUCGAAGCCGGAAGAAGUUCUGAAGAAAUCGGAGAAAGGUAGUGACGAAGAAAGCCCCUUAGCCGCAGAAAACAAGAUGAUAGAUCAAGCUUUUGAGGAGCCGUCGAAAGACGAUGAAGGAAUUGUUGAAUCGAACAUUCAAACUUCGUUUGAUGUUAAAUCUGUGACUAUGGAAUCGGAACGUACCGAAACCCCUGUUGUGGUAGAUGUAAUUCCAAAGAUCACAGUUGUCGAGAAACAUGCUAUGGAAUAUUUGCCCAUUGAGGUAAAUGAUGCACACGACCAUCAGCCAGCAGCUGGUCUAAGUCAAUUGUUAAUCAACACUGAAAAAUGUCAAAUUUUGCAGACUCCUAUCGAUGACGUGUCGAUUGGUGAUUCAAAAACCGAACCAUCCGUAGAAACUGCUACUGCUGAGGAUGAUGUCGUAGCUCGCGCUAAGUGUAAGUCCGAUGCACCUAGUAAAGGUGACUCACAAAUCACGAAACUAGUAUCCGGCACGGUAGAAAUAGUAGAGCAUGCAGGUAGCAGCACAGUAGAAGAUUUUAAUAAACAAAGUAUCCCUGUGCCAGAAGAAAUGAACCGUGAUGAGCUCGUCAGAAUUCAGGAGAAAGAAGCAACACCUGAAAAACAGCCUUCAAAAGAACUAAGUCCAACAGCUGAACAAAAAUUAAUAAUAAAAUUGAUGGAGACUGAAAGCGUGGUAAUAGAACCGAUCGAGGCAGUUCACCAAAUACCUGAUUCACCUAAAGCUCUUGAAUCCACGACACCAUUAGUACUUGAAACUCAGCCGGUGCAAGAUACUUUAAAACUUAUAGCUGACGAUGAUAAAAAUAAGGUUCAACAAUCUACAAAAGAGAAUAUUGUCAUUCCAGAGCAACCAGAUAAUAAAAGAGAAACGUUCACCUACCAAAUUGUAACUCAUCAUAAAUCAAACGAUGACUUCAUUGAACACGAACGUGCGAAUGCAUUGACAGACCCACAAUUGAGUUCAGUCUCUUGCGGAUCCGAGUACAAACCAGUGAUGGAAAAGGUUGAAAUAUCUUUAUCGGUACAGAAGAAAGACGAAGAGGCAGGUUCAUCUGUAUUCGUAAGAACUGAGGUUGAACGUCCUGAGGUAGCUCCGUAUCACAUAGUGAAGGAAGACGUAGACAUUAAUCUCCCUGCAGAGAAACAAACAGUGCACGUAAUCCACAACAAAAUAGUUCAAACAAGCACCCUUCCGACAACUGAAAAAGAAACCGAGACGUACCCUGAGCCUUCUGAAAAAAGUGAAUCCGACGGUACAACGAGUAGGAAAAUUCGAAAAAAGAAAAAACAUAAAAAUAAACCUGAAACCCCUGAAAAAUCCGUUACAGAAGACUCCAGCGCCUCCAUUACUACCACGAUUGCUGAUUCUACCGAUAUUAACGUACCGAUGACAGAUUCUUCGAAACAUGAAUCUGAACAGCCGCAACCGGACUUGAAAGAUAUUACAGAACCAUUGUCUUUGAUUUCAACUUUCCGCGAUGAUAACUCGGAACCGGAUCAUGGUUACGAACCUGAUGACAAAACAACGGUAGAUGAAAUUUCUACCGCUGAGGAUGACGAAGGUGGGAAGAAAAAGAACAAGAAGAAAAAGAAGAAGAAGCAGAAGGUGAAAACUAAGCAUGACGAAAACUCAGAAGUACCUAAAACAACUACCGACGAAGCAGACUUCACGGAUGAAAUUAUUCCUGUUGAUUCUGAAGCGAGUCAAGUGGAUGCGAAGGAUAAGAAGCGUAGGCAGAAGAGCGAGGCUUUAUCGAAUGUUGAGAACAUAGAAAUCGAAAUAAAACCUAAAGAACCGGAACCGAUACGUACUGAGAUUGAAACGCAAACUGUCGUUGAAACUUGUGACAUAGGAGCCGGAGUCAUGUCACCCGAAAUACCACAAAUCAUCACAAGCUCAGCACAAACUUCACCUGAACCUGUAGUAGCGGACAACGAGGAACAAGAAGUUCAGACAGAAAAAUUGAGCGAAAUUAAUAUCGAGGUGCAAACUUCUCCAAAACCCGUCGUUGACGUGUCCAAUCAAACUAGUAAGCCUGAAACACCAGAUAUAGAACACUUGGCUAUGCAAACGGUCACGCCUAUUCCUACACCGACCGCAGAUGAUGAGGUGCAAACAAGUCCUGUACAGGAAGAGAAACCCAAGAUUGACGAAACUUUUGUACAAACGAGUCCAAUUCAAGUCGAAAAGCCGGUUAUCGAAGAAACGUAUGUUCAAACUAGCCCAGUCGAACCUGAAAAACCGCGUGCUGAGGAAACCUCCGUUCAAACGAGUCCUUUCGAAUCUGAGAAGGUAAUCCUGGAGGAAAACUUUGUCCAGACAAGUCCUAUUCACCCUGAAAAGCCGGUUGUUGGAGAAAUGCAGUGUCAAACCAGCCCGAUUGAGCCAGAGAAGCCAGCAAUUGAGGAGCAUUUCAUGCAGACAAGUCCAGUGCAACCUGACAAACCAGAAAUUAAUGAAAUCUACGUUCAAACGAGCCCAAUCGAACUCGAGAGGGUGGCUGUUGAUGUGGCUUUUAUGCAAACGAGUCCAAUUCCAGUGGAGGUACCAGAAAUUGGAGAAACGUAUGUUCAAACCAGCCCGAUUGAACCUGAAAAAACAGAGAUCGACGAUGCGCAAGUACAAACGAGCCCUGUCGAUUUAGAGAAGACAAAGGUUGACGACAUUCAAGUGCAGACCACUCCAGUUGAAGGAAUCACCAUAGAAUCUCAAACCUCUCCAAUCCAAAGAGAGCCCACCAAUGAAAUAGAGAUACAAACAAUUUCACCAGAGCCCAAAGCAGUGCUCGAAGACGCAGUUCAGCAAACAACUCCAUUGCCCAAUGAGACAAAGGUGGUAUCACAGGAAGCUACGAUGCAGACUAUCACACCAGAACCUGUCGUCACGACGGAAGUGGACAUACAAACCAGUGUAACACCCACGCCUGCAAUGCCUGUAUUAGAAGACUCCACCAUACAGACUGACGUAGUCGAUCAUAUACAAAUCGAUACCUCCGAGACGCAGACAACCCCUAAAGAAAGCCCGCGUCCGGCAGUUACUUCCGAUAUGGAAAUACAGACCAAGACACCAGAACCAACCACUGAAAGUGCUGCGCAAACAAGCACCAUUCAAAGUCCAGAGCCUACCGAAGCCCCUGAAUUACUAGCCAUGACAACUGUCGAAAAAACCACGAUAACUGUCGAAGAAGAGUCGCAAACUGUUGUCCCCGAAAAAUUGACAGCUGUAGAUUCGUCGAUACAAACUAAGGUGCAUGAACUUGUUCCAACUUCUGAAGAAAGCACUCAAGCUGUUCCAACUACGCUUGAUAUUAGUGCUCAAACUAUAGUGCCAGAAAAAACUGUUGAUCGUACACCUGAAAAGAAAGAUUUAGCCACAAAGGAACUGGGAGUGACAAGAAUCGUUGCUAAAAAAGAAGAGCCUGUUCAACAGCAAUCGGAGACGGACUCGUUUACGGAUACUUCGUACGAAAUUCACGUCCAAGCCACCAUCGAAAUACCUGAUAGCGCCAGUCAAAGUUUCCUAGAUUUUGAACGCGCUUCAGCGAUAGAAACGUCGCAAGACACGAGUAUUACCGAAGAACUUUCGGAGAACGUUACGAGCUUGGAAGAUGAUACAGCCAGGCUAGGGAGAAGACAGCGGAGGAAAAGAAAACACAAGACAAAUGAGGCACAAGAGUCGGCUCCAUUUACCAAAGAAAAAGAAAAAACUGAUCUUGAAACAAUAUUUGGUCAGCCUACAACGGCUCUUGAGUCACGACCAAAAUUGUCUUAUUCCGACGUAGCCAGAAAAAAUUCCGAUCAAACGAGAUCUGGGUCGCCACCAGAUUCUUCUGAAGAAUAUGCCACGAAUAAACAACCGGGCAACAUCGUUGUAGGAAAAGUAUUGACCGAUAUUGACCUAAGCUCCAUCAGAGCGCAAGGUAAAGUUUCGCAGAAAUAUGAAACCGAGGCAGAAAUCAUCACGUCCAAAGUUACCAUUGCGAAAUUGAAGUCUUCUGAUCCGAAUACAGCCCAAGUGCAGGUAGUGUCAGUUUCUCAAGAAAUUUCGCCACACCAAGAACGCCUUACGGAAAAAAUGCCUAAAGAUGAGGUAAAGCUGAUAAUAUCAACGGAUCAAUCUCAAGGCCCAACUUUCCACUCAACUUAUUCUGAUGUAUCAGCUAAGCCAGCGAAAACUCCAGAUUCGAGCCAAGUAGGUAUAGAUUCUCGUCAAUCUAUCAGAGAGGCUAUAAGCAUUGUAACAGCUCCUGAACCAAUGGAUACGACAGAGGAACCCCUUUCUCCAACGGAAUCUGUGCUUUCCGCAAAAACUAAACCAUCAUCAAAAGUGGAAGUGAAAUCUUAUACCGACACGAUUGACGACCAAAAAACAUCCAAAGUUCCUGUGCCUUUGAGUACAGAGUAUGAAAAACGUGAUACCAGUCCCAACUCCAGCUGGGAAGACAGACUCUUAGUAUCGCACAGUCCUGUUCGAAAAACACCUAGCCCAACAUCCUUGCUCCUUGCGGAGGCGUUGGAAUACGGUGUUCCGCAAAAUCAAGUCUCACAGCGUACAAGAGCCACAAAAGUCAUAGCAGACCGUGUAAGGAACUCGCAAAAUGCGAAACAGACCACUCAUUUAUCCAACAUACUUUACAUAGCAACUCUGGAUCAGGUGAUUACGACCGAAUCCAUCGAAGAACUAAGUGGAACUGUUCAACGCGGUUUGGGCCAGCUGCGAGCUGCUGUCGAAGAAGAAAGUGAUACAGUCAUUAUAAAACAUACUCUGAUCACAGUAGUUGAGACCAUAUCAACCUGGCUCGAGUCUGUGGAGUACAGAAUUUUUCUGAGUAGGGAAAGUCCCCACGGACCUUCACACGACGACCUGCGAACGUUCAUUGAACUGAAAGAAGAAAUCAAUCAUGUCGAAGAAAGUGUCAGGGAGUUGGACUCUAUUUGGAAUAACGUCGAAGUGCACUUCGUAGAAGAAGAUCGUGAAAGAAUAAUGGAGUGUCUGGAUGCUCUACAGUCUCAGGUUCAGGCAAUCGAAAACGUCACCGAUGACGGAGAGAAGUACGCUACUACGGAACUUAUCCGUUGGGACGAGUUCCUGAAUGGUGUUAACAACGUCUCUCGACUAGUUGACGAACAUCGAAAGCAACUGGAUAUCAUCAUAGCGAGUGAUGCAUCGACGCAGUGGAAGCUUCAAGAGCUAGAAAAAAUUGAUAACACUAACCGCUGUCACAUGUGGAAGACUGGAAAGUUGGUUUCUGCCGCGAGACGAAUUUUGAAGGAUUAUCCCGGGAAGAUUGUCCCCGAGGACACUUACGCCGCUCACGAAAUGACCCGAGUCAUCGAGUACACCAUCUGCAUUGAGAGAGACCGACUGCUACAACUUCUUUCCCUCGCCGAAGAGUACGAGCAAACGUUGCAGGAAUUUGCACAGAUCACCGAGAUAGCGGAGAACUUAUUGGACAGUCCAAUAUCAGUCGCGAGCUUAGAAGACCUGCAGGAGGAAAUGCAGAAGCAUCGGAAAUUCUUCGUCAACUUGAACCACUGUCGCGCCAUUCUCGAAUCUCUAGAGGGCAACCUUGAUAAAGAGACAAGAGCAAAGUAUUCCGAUCUCCACGAGGAACUUCACAGGAAAGCAACCACGCUGCUUGACCAGGCUGCUUCUCGCGCUCAGCAGAUGUCUCUGGCAGCUUCAAGAUGGAUUAUACUUGAACAAGGACUUAAGGAGGAAAGGGGAUGGCUGGGAGUUGCUCACCAACGGGUUCCGGACCUACAAACAGUCACGUCGUCUGACUAUGAACAGUAUAUUUCGCUUUAUCAGUCAUUAUCCUCCGACAUCGCGACCCACCAUGCACGUCUAAUUCAGCUAUUAGGAGUAGCUCGUAGCUUGGAAGAAUUGGUGCAAAUUGAAGACCCCGAAGAUCGAUAUGGAGAGGCACUGGAUGUUAUCAUCAAGCUUCAAGAUGAAGUGGAAUCUUCUUUGAGGCGUCUCAUAGCAUUUAAGGAUCGCUGGACAACCCAGGAAGCGUUAGUUGGUCGAUUGGAAAAUUGGAUGAACUCCGCGGAACGUGAUCUUGCAUUUGUCCACGAUCCAUCGGGCGGUAACAUGCGACAAUUCUGGGAAAUAAAAGCGCAGUACGAGGUGCACAAUAAUAUCCGUAACGAGGCUGAGAACAACUUCGAGCAGGCACUUAGAAUCGUUCCAUUGUCAGACGAGAUGCUUCAGAGGCAGUUCCACGGUGAGCUCCAAGACCGUUGGCAAGGCGUUACCGAAAAGAUAAACACGAUCCAAGCUUCCGUUGCCGAAAAUAUAUCGUCGAGCGACGUCCCGGUUAACGACAAGCUGAAGCUCUUGGAGCGAGAACUGAACGAACUUCGUGUCACCAUCGACGAUUUCCAUGGAGUUCUGAAGACCGAAGAAGAGCUUGACCUGUACGUUGAACGGUUAUCUGUUCUCUUCGAUAGAGUUGUCAUCAUACAGGAGGAACUCGGCCGGCUAGGACUACUUCCGGCUGCAGAAAGCGAGCGGGUCGGAGUCCUGCUGUCAUCGGCACGCCGCAUCGAAGGAUUGAUCGGCGAGGAGCUAGACGCUGCGCAACUUCUCAGAGAGCGCUUGCAAGCCUUGCAACGAGGUCUCGCGCGGGUUCGUAGAUCUCAUCAGAGACAGUCAUCCGUUCUUGACCAAUGCGAAGGCAACGAGGGUCAAGGUAGUGAAAUCGUGGCGGCGUGCGUGGAUCGGUGCCACGGCGUCGCCGAGGAGUUGACCAACUUGUGGCAAGAUCUGAUGGGACUACGCCAGGUUCUUCACACCCUACCGAUGCGGACCAGGGUGUCGGUGUCACCACUCGCCGUUGAAAGAAAAAUCUCCAACCUUCAGGAUGUACACACUGAACUGGAAUCCCGGUGCGCAAGACUCCUUACUCUUCUUCGGAACAGACUCGGGCUCUGGCGCAGAUUUGAAAGGCAGUUGGAGCUCGUUCAGCAGUCCGUUCAGGAGGCGGAUUACAUGAUGGAACUUCUUACCGUCCAGGGAUCCGUCGACUACGAAAGACUGCUGAAGGCGACCGAACGGCUGGAGGGUCUAAGCGGAGAUUUGGGCGCUCGCGAGGUCCUUGUUGGAGAACUUCGGGCCGCAGCCGAACCUCUACGGGAGUCCUGUACGGCGGAGGUCGGGGAACGCGUCGAAGCCGCCGUCCAGGAGGCGGUCCAGGCCUGGGAAGAUACGAGGGCGGAACUAGACGCCCUUUGCAACAAGUAUAAUCACGCCGUUAGACUUUGGCAGCAAUAUCGGGACGCAAGCGCCGCUGUCAAGGCUUGGGUCGACACGCAAAUGGGCAGCGUGUCCAACUUGCCACCCGAAGAAGCAAGGAAGCAAGUCAAGGUUUGCGAGGAAACACUGGCCGAACACAAGGAGAGAUUGGCCGAACUUCGUGGACUUGUGGCACAGAUCGCCUCGGACGUUGGCCUUGACGCAGGCGGCCCUUUACAGACAGAGGUCGAGGCCCUGGGUCGCCGUCUUGAGGAUGUAAGGGAAGCCCUGUCGACUCUGGCCGACACAGCAGACGCCAGAGCGCUGAACCAGGAGUUGGCGAUCGGUGAUCUUAACCAUACGAAGAUCUUCCUCGACUCUGUCCAGCAGAGUCUCGCGGCCGUAGGUCAUGGAGAUUCAAAGGAGCAACUGAAAUUACUCAGAAAUCAUCUCCUAGCGUUAACGCGAACGGAGCCUCAUUUGCAGUCGAUAAAAGACCGAGCCCUGGAGACUGCACCUCAAGAAACCUCCGUGGUCGAAGUACUGCAACUAUGGCAGAGGGUCUUCCGAGAGACUUUCCAGCAGUAUCAUCGGCUGUCGGCUCGAUUGGUUCGUUCGCAGGACGGCGCGGCUGCUUUGCGUCUCUGGCAGGAGUAUCUCGCUCAUGUUCAAGACUUCCUGUCGAUGGGAGUCCCCGGGGAUUACAGCGGUCUCUCAGAGCACAGACACCUGUGCGAGGUUCACAAGAACCUGCUAACUGAUCAGCAGAAUCUCUUGCUGACCGUGAAUUCCGAGGAGGGUCGCGAACUCUCCGUGGCCGAGCAGUUUAACGCCUUGACGAAUCUCCACAAUGAGACUCUCGCAAAGAUCAUGGAACGACAUGCCGCGGUGCGAGACCGUCUCGCUGCUUGGGAAAAGUACAGACAUGACCAGAACAGGCUUUUGGCCUGGCUCAAGGAGACGGAGAGGGAAAGGAGCAGACUCCAGCUCCGGUUCAUCCAUCUGCGAAGACUGGACAAGGUCCUCGCGAGAAUCCAUUCCCUCUUGGAGAAAUUACCCGCUGGCGAGAUGCAGGCCGAGUCUCUUUCCGGCCUGCAAGAAUCUCUGCUGGUCAACUGCGACGAGGCCCUUGCCGCUUCGGUGCGCAUGGAACACGCCGCGAAUACGCAACGUAUAGCAAACAUUCGGGCUGGACUUGAAACUUGGAAAGACUUCGUCGUCCGGAUACAGGAGCUCAGUGAACAGCACGAAAAACAAAGCACCAAAAUCACAUCUGCCUUCCAAGAAGUCAGCCAAUCGCUGAACAACGCCUUCCUCCUUGGACCCAGCAGUCUAACGCGAACUCGUCAAGAGCUCGACUCGCUUCAGGAUGUCAAGGCCAAACUGGCUGCUACCACCUCCGAUCUUGAAGCGCUUGGUAUAACGGCCGAACAAUUGAAGGAGUGCCUGAGUCCUUCCGAAAUGAAGUCCCUGAACCAGCACGGUUCUCUUCUGUGGCAGCAGCACGGGGACCUCGAACAUCAGUUGGCUCUUCUUGCUCACAGACUAGGAGAACGAUGCGGCCUUUAUAACCGCUGGGAAACUAGACGAUCUCGAUUGAUCACUUGGACAGUAGAUGCCGAGGAUAGAAUACAGAACUGUGACUCUAUGGCUGUGGAUGAACCUGAAGAGGCUCUGAAGAGGGUAGAGUCCGAACUUCAAGCCGAAAUGGCUCUUAAGCAGAGGGAAUUGGACUGGCUUCAGAACACUGGUAAAGAGUUGAUUGAGGUUGCAGAGGACAGCACGGAGAGAGAGAAACUGGAGAGAUCGUUAGACGAGCUCAACGAGAGAUGGUCGAAGUUGUUGAAUGCCAGUAAAGCUCGGACAAGCAAGAUAGAAGACCUGGUUCACACGACUAAUAACUUGGAAAGACGAAUAGCCGAGAUAAGACAGUGGCUCGGAGGAAUCGAAGUGCAGUUGAAUGAGCCGUUCAUCCUUGAAGCAAGGAGUCAGAAUGCCGUCGACAAGAAGAUCCAAGAUCACGACGUCCUGCAGAAGAUGAUCGAAGCCGAAAGCGGCAACAUCGGAGAGGUUCUGAACCUGUGUGAAAUACUGCUCAGUGAUUGUGACUCUUGGAAGGCAUCCUUCAACACGGAUGCCAUCAAGUCUGGGAUGGACGGUUUGGAACGACGGUGGAAAGCGGCUUGCGUUGGUUCCGCAGAACGCAAACGGAAGAUCAUGAUUGCGUGGAAGCUGCUCCAGCAGUUGGAGAAGCUAAAAACGGAACACGAAGAGUGGCUCAUAAAAACCGAAUCGGAAUUGCAGAAGCUCGAAAGUCAUGUCGAUGACCUGUCGAAAAAGGAGACUGCGAAGACUGUGCAGAAGGCCAAGAAGAUGUUGAAAGACGUCGAAGCUCACAGUCCCGCUCGUCAGACACUCGAACAGAACUACAGCCGCCUCGCUAAGGGUGGUUUGGAGCCUGACAAUUUGAGAUCUUUGACCGCUGAUGUUCGUGGAGUAAUCGAUAGGUGGAACGCGCUUCGACCCAGAAUUGAUGCGGUGUUGACUGCGCUGCAAAGCGAGCAGAAGAGUUAUCGCGAAUUCAUCACUAUUCACGGCACAGCUGUCGUUGCGCUGACGCAAAUCGACGUUCGGUUGACGCAGCUUCAGCACUUGGCUACUCCAGAGCAAAAAGCCUCUCCGCGAAAAAGGAUGCAGCAACUUGCAGAGAUAGCAAAAGAAUUGGUAGCGCUGGACGCGACCCUAGAACGGGCUGACAAAUUAGCGUUGAAAGUGAUGGAGGAGAGUCACGCCGACGAUGUCGGUACUAUUCAGGAACUUGUUGACGAAUAUCAACUUUUGUGGAAGGACAUUAAAUCCCGUCUCGCCGAUCUCCCCGCUCAAGUUGAAUCGCAAGAGAAAAUGGAAGUCGACGCAGCCAUACAGGUGGAAACACUUAAAUUUGAACAAGAUUCGGCUGUGCAGGUUGACACCUUGCCAAGAAUUGUUAGGAUGACCUCGUGCGACGCUUAUCUCAUGGAAUUGGAAGGUGCGAUUAGAGAGUGUCGAGCCGCGCUUGAUGCUCUAGAGGUUGCCGUCACACCGGAUCCCGUUGCUGGACCGGGUCUUCCUGCCGCUGCGAAAAUCAUGGCCAAAUUAAUUGGAAGCUGUCAAUCCUCCGUGGAAUUGGUCAGACAUUUACACGGUUUGCUGGUCGGAGACGAGAAGCUGAGUGAAGAAGCUGCGAAGAGUUCUGAAGUCGCAGUACUGACAGCUCGAUAUGAGGAACUUUUGAUUCGAGCACGAGCUCGAGAACAGCAAAUAAGAGAAAUCAGGUCUCCUCUCUCAGACGAUUACUCUUUUCCAUGCGAACAUGACGGCGGAAGAUUGACAUGCCCGCUUUGCUCGCGGCGAAAUUGGGCUCAGCUUGAUAAUGAUCUAUGGAGAUUAGAGAAGUGGCUACAGCUGGCAGAGGGUACACAAAGCGAGCAGCAAUCGCCGCCGAGUGAUAUAGAACAACUCGAAGACGUGAUACAAGACCACCGUGAAUUCCUACUCGAUCUUGACAGUCAUAAGAGCAUAGUCGUCAGUCUGAAUAUAGUGGGAACUCAUCUCGCUGAUCACACGGAAGAUAUAGAACGUGCAAACGAACUGCGGGAAAGAUUGGCAACGGCGAAUAUGCGCUGGGACAGAGUUUGCCAAGCAGCAGGCUCGUGGCAAUCGGCGCUGCAAACAGCCCUCAUGGGCAAUCAGCAGUUCCACCGUAUUAUCGAGGAACUCGUAACUUGGCUCGAAAGAACCGAGGUUUCGAUAAGAGCCAGCGAACCCAUCGACCUAACGGAAAAUAACAACAUCAUCCAGGCAAAGUACAACAAGUUCAGGGAGCUGCGCAGUGAUCUCGAACGAUGCGAACCUCGCGUAUUGUCUCUGCAAGAGUCUGCUAACCAGUUGCUGGAAGAACGCGGCGAAGCUCGUAAACGACUUUUGGAACUUCGUCUUCGGUUGCAGUCGCUUCGUCGACUGACCGGAAUUUACGCCUUAAAAUUGGGCGCAGCUCUUGGACUAGAUCCACGAGAAGUGGGCCUCGCUGCAACAUCUUCGUCGCUUGCGUCCCUUUCUCAAGAUUUACUCGACGAAGCUACCUCAGGAACUGUUCAACCCCACGACACGGCUGCUGGAGAUGGUGACAACGAAGAUCGAACCGUGUUAGCGCGAGGAUAUCGGUUCUUGGGACGUGUUUUACGAGCCUCGCUUCCGAUCCAAGCGUUAAUGCUGUUGUUGCUUGGCGUUGCAACUCUGGUACCUUCGGCGGAAGAAGAUUACAGUUGCACGCUAUCUAACAAUUUGGCGAAAAGCCUCAGUCCAUCGUUUGAAUAUACUAACGGACCUCCUCCCCUGUAACAGUGUCAAAGACAUUAAUACUUCUUCUCAAAUGCCAGUCAGUAUAGACUUUACAGCAUGAUGUAAUCUGUGCUGGAGUAAAAGUGGUCAAGUGCAAAGAGUUAAUUAUUCGGUGGAGGCGACUACGCGCGUUAUUCGUACAUUUUCAUCUCUCAUUACCUAGCACAGUUUAUACUGCUGUAAUGUUAGAUUAUAGUUAGUUUUACAAGAAGAUUUUGUAAAUAAAGAAAACAUAUAUAGCGGACCAAGCGGUUGAAUAUUCGUAAUGGCUGGCAGAGAAUAAUUGUUAUAAUUUAUUUUACGUUCUUUUGUAUAUUAUGAUGUAAUAUUGCGUGUACGGAUCGCUCGGAAGAAGUCUUGAUAUAUGGAUGUGUAAUUACCAAAUCUUGACGUCUGAAAUUGAUAUAUAUUAUUACGACUGUUGCAUUUAUGAUUUUGAAAGAAACAAAAGUAUGUACAUCAAGCGAGAAAAGUACAUACGACGCCGAGAUAAAACGAUUGAUAAAAAAGAAAAGGCUGACAUCCUUUGAUGGUAAUGUAUACUUAUAUUCUACUUAAUCAAACACGCGUGCCGUAUGAAAUUUAAUACCGCUACUACGUAAUAUCUAUACACUAUAAUUUGCGAUAACCGACACAUGUUAUUAUUAUACGUAAAUUAAUAUCGGAUAUGAUCACAAUUUUAUUUAUAUCAUUUUUUGUUGUUGAAAUGCGUCUUAUUUAUUAUUACAAUGUUCGUGUCCAAAUUGUGAUCUUAUCCAAAUAUAUGAUAAAACAAAAAUCAAUCCCGCAAUAUACCCUGAUUAACCUCUCGUAUAAUAUAUUAUAAAGUACUUUUAUUUAACAUUAUAAUACAUGUAUUCCUACUGUACGCAACAUUCAUACUAUAGAGGGGAACAAAGGAUACUUGCCUAACUUUAUUUUUCUAUAUUGUUUUAGUUUUAUUGCGAUUUAGUUAUAAGUCUGAUUUUGAAGAGUGGAACAUUCAAAGUCAGACUUAGAACAAUAUCCAUGGUCCGAUGGUGCUAUUCCAGUUGCGGUUUUCUCGACAGAAGGAACUUAGAUUUGUACAAUAUAAUUGAUUUAAUUGUAUAAUCAAUUGUUAUUAUAUUACUGCCGUGCGUGUAUCUGAAUUAGAAUGCGAAAGUUUAUCGAAUGAUGGUACGAACAAUGUGUGUAUACCAUGUUGAAAGUGUAACAAGAAUCGAAAGAAAUUGUUCCGAAAACGAACGAGAAAUUAUUGAACGCACAGAUUAACCAUAAGUUAAUUGGCGAAAUAAAAUACGAAUACUUACCGGGCCUAAAGCCAAAUAGUUACGCUUGAUAAUUUACAUGUUUUUUGCUUAUUGCACAUUGAGCUUUGUUACGUAUUUUUAUAAAGAAAGAGCUUAACGGUGGUGUACAUCUAUCGAUAUUAUAAUAUAUUGCUAUAAACACUAUUAAAUACAAUGCAGUUA